CCCAAAUAUAACAUUGAAGGUUGGUGUACAUUUUUUCGUUAGAGGGUUUGUAAAAUGUGGUGAUUACUGAGGAAUCGAAAAGGGUUAAUACAUACACAUAGUAUUGAAGGUGGCUAUAUAUUUACCAUUUUAGUCCAAAAGUUACCAAUGACAGUAAGUAUCCUGUGGGUAUGUAUUCCUGUGGAACUGAAAGGGUUAAUAAACACAUUAUGCAGUCAGAAUCUAUUAAGAUGAUUGUGAGGGAGAUGAAGGAAUGUCAUGCUCUUUAAAAAGAAGAAAGAGUUAAGAUGUUAGUUUUCUAAGUGCUGGAGAGAUAAACAAAGUUGAUUUAUUGCCCUGUCAGGACCUCACUCAGCAUGCCUCCUCACACUCUGUGCCUGCAUAAGGUAACAGAUCUCUAUGGGUAACACACUUUAGCAGGACAAGGGCUUUGUGUAGCUUUCACCUGGAGUCUAGAGUGCUUUGCAUUGCAUGUCUACACGUUGUGCUGUUAGGAAGGCUUUGCGCACCCCCUGGUGCUCUCACAGUUUGUGUGGUUAGAGAGAGAGGUUGUCUUCUCUCACUCUCUUCCCUCUCCCUUCUGGUUGCUCAUUAUUCAGAGGGAGAGACACAUACACACUCAGUAAGGAGAGAGAGAGAGACGGAUCUUUCAGGUCAUCUGCAGCUGCAGAGCAGAAGCAGCCAGUGAAGGAGAGAGGAGGAGGAGGAGGAGGAGAAAGAGAAAAAAAGGCAAGGGAAGAUGGCGUUUCUCCAUUGCUGAGACUGGCAAGAGCACGAGACCCAACCAACAACUUCAAGCAGAUCCACCACCCUCACUCUCACAGAGCAUUUGAAGAGGAAGGAACUGAAGAGCUUUCAGAAGACCCAGGAUAAGAAGGUUGGAGCAGCUGAAUCUGGAAACCAGUAAGUUCUUGCAUGGUUCUCCUCUUCCUUAAUUGCUAUUGUUUUAAUACCUUUGUCUGGAUACCCCCUACCACCAAAAAACAACUAUGUCUGUGGACUGUGGGUUUUAGCUUUUUGAUAAUACUAGAGAUUCAGUGGAGGUUUAGGAAGCUUCUGUGGCUUGCUGUCUGGAGAAGAAAGGAGGUGGUGGUAGAAGGAGGAGAAGAUAGGCGGCUAAUUAAUGAAUUAAUUAAUUGACCCCCCUCCUCUGCCCAAGCACCCCCAAGUGGUGGAGAUUAAAAUGAACCAGAGACUAUAUAAAGGGGGGGGGGGAGAGGAUUAGGAGGAUUGGAGAUGUUUUUGCAUGCACUUGCAUGUAUGGAGUUUGAUCACUAGCACAGGAGAGCAACAAGCUCAGAGGGGAAGGAAUUAAACAUUACAGAUCUCACAGUGGCUGCAUGACCCAAGCAAUAGGGUGACCUCUUUCUGUCCAUGCUUGGCUUGGAAGGGUCCCCCUCCCCUUGACUAUAUAGAGGACUCAUGGCACCCCCCUCCUCCUCCUCCACCCUGAGCUGAGUUGACAAGCAAGGUUGAAUUCUGGGUUGGAAUAUCAUGUCUAAGAGGGAGGGCAGGGGGGUUGGGUUGGAUUGUCUUGCAGCUCCAGGCUGGUGUCUCACAAGAGGCAGUUUGGAGAAGAAGAGAAGCUAUUGUACAUGCUGUGCUUGAAAUAAAAUGCAAGGCAGACAGAAUACCAUCACCACCAAUGCUAAUUGUACACUUAAUUAUCAACUUAAAAAAUAUACUUAUAAUAAAACACAUUGUCAAAGUCCAACAAAAUACAGAUUAUGCUUGGUUGUUCCACUUCUGUCUUUAUCUGACUGUACUCCAUUUUCUAGAUGACUGGCUUGGUUUGUGUCCAGAUUCCAAAGCACAAGCUCCUUCAGCAUGUAAACUAUCUACCCAAGCUUCCUCUGCUAUAUAUACAGUAUAUAUACAGUAUGUAUAUAUAUAUAUAUAUAUAUAUAUAGAUAUAUAUAUAUAUAUAUAUAUAUAUAUCUCAACAAACCCAUCCUAAUUCUGUAAUAGACAAAAAAGUUCAUUUUUUUUUGUUUUAUAAAGAACCUUCAAACAUCUUAUCUUCUUUGUGGUUUCAAGUAGCAGGGUUUUUUUUUUAUUAAGAGGAAGUAUCCAUAGCAGUUGUUGCAGAGAAAUAGAUCUGAGUCAGGUAAGCCAUGUCAUGCUGUAGCUCCACCAGAAAAUGGAGGAGAGCAAGCUAAAUAGUAGACAAAGCUGAGAUGGUGAGAAGCCCUGGCAACACUGAUAGUUAUCAGGCUUGCAGUCUAUUAGAAAACCUUAAUGCUCAUCAAUUCUGCUUUUUCUCAUCCUUUUAAAUUUACAUUUGAAUUUAUAUAAUCCAUAAAAAGUGGAUUUGCUUUAAGUCCUUGGUGUUAUUGCAACAUCCAUUCAGAUUCCUUUCAAAGAAGAUCAUAGAUACCAAACCUAGCCUACAGAGAAUAUUGGCAUAAUUCUUUUUUUAGCAGCAAUUAACUAGAACUUGGAUAGUGGUAUUCACCAACUUUAUGAGUCUGAUCAAUAGACAUAAGUUGGUUUCCUUAAAGCUAUGCAUGUUAAUACAUAAUAAAUGCUCUGAUUCUAUUUAUUGUGUGUUGUAGCUACUCAACAUAGAUUAUCUACCCAGAGUUUUUUUUUAAUCUGGACAUGAAUCUCUUAUUCACUCUAAAAUGUUGAAUCUUCUUGCUGAAACACUUCUAAUCAGGAUUAUUUCUAUACAUCAAUGUUCAUUAAGGUGCAUUAUAAUAUUGCAAAUUGGUAGGCCAGUUUGUUUACUAUGUUCUCUUGCUGGAAUGGCAACUAUACUAGUGUCCUCUUGAUGUAAUACAAAAAUUAAUAUAUAAAAGGAAAUAUAUUGUAUUAUUUUAUUUAAUGUUUUGUGUACAUCUGAUUACAUUGAUGUCCAAUUUUGCAGCUAUUUCUAGAAUGGACCAUAUAGGAGAUAUGUUAGGACUCUUGAACCUGAAUUAUUAAUUUAAUUAUGGAAGUUGGUGAGCAUAGUUAUGGGGAACACAGUUCAAGGAAAGAUAUACCUAUUUUAAAGAUAUUAUUCUCCUUUGCGUUUUAAGAUUAUAAACUUGAUAACUCAGGUAAUUCAUUGUGUCCAACACAUUGUAUAGCAUAUGGUUUAACAAUAAUUUGGAUCAAAUGAUGAGUUUAAGGACCAUUCCGGGGAUCACUUACCCCUUCAUUCAAAUGCAAAUCCAAACAUUCAGUAGGCCAGCUCAAGUGACUUUUUACCCACACCACAAGUGGACAAUGAUUUGGCUCAAUACAGAGCAUUUAGAAGGUUUGAUAAAGGCUAAGUUAUGAGUGACAUGUUGCCACUUGUCUGGUCCUUUGCCUGAAAUAUCUGUGGCAAUACUUAGUCUGAACCACAUAAAUUUAAUUAGCUGUCAACAAACAUGGAACAUAAUGGAUAUCUUACUAACAGCCACCUUUAUUUCAACAAUACAAUACUCUAUGUAUUCAAGUUCAACUGGUAGCUGUAACUUUUUAAAGUUCUUCUGUCAUGUUAAAGCUGAAUGCAUAACCUCUAUUUUAUUUGUUUGACAUUCUAGUUUUGAAACUUAAAGUGAUGAAUUAGGUGUAACACACAAGAGUCCAGGGGACUAGCCUUAACCAGGCCACUAUAUACUUGAGUGACACAUAUCAUGGCUUUUUUUAGACACCCUCUACAAUAACAAUCUUAAUUUUAAGGUGGAUCUUUUCUUCCAUCCAAAGGUAGAGCCAGCAAAGCUUCAACCUUGGGUUCUUUUUCAACCCCAGUGUAAAAUGUCUUUGUUUGUUUUUUUCAGACAUCCCCUUCAAUGACAAUCUUUUCAGGUGGCUGUUUUAUUCCAUCCAAAGCUAGACCCAGCAAUGGUUCAACCUGGGGUCCUUCGUUAAGCCCAGGAACAUAUUAACCUUGUGGCCUUUUCAGACCUUUUGUCUGAGUUUUGCUGUACCUUUAAGCCACUACUAUUUGAUAUCUAUCUUCUAGAAUGUUAUAGUUUUGAUAGUGGUGCUUUGCAGCUUAAUAAUUAUAACAUGAAUACUUGUUGUAAUUUUGAGGAUAUUAUUGUGUUUCAUUAUGCCAUCUAGGUUAGUAAGGAGUAGGAACAGAGGUAUUUCAUUGGAUUGAACCUUACUCUAGCACACACUUAAAACUUUGAGUUUCUAAACAAAGAGCUAUGACUUCUGCUAGUUAAGUCGAAGAGUGCUUGUAAUGGCUACCCAGGUAGUAGCAGGGUAUCAGCCGCUAGAGACGUCCUUUUCUUCCAGGCAAGUCGCUGUGUAGUAGUGGAGUUGCUUAUUCCCAUCCACUGGAUCCAAGGCAAGAGUCAGGCAGAGCUCUUAAACGAGCUAGGUGAUUAAGCUACAUAUCCCCUUUCAAGAACGAGACAAGGCUACAUUUUGAAGGGUCAAGGAGAACUGAAUUUUAGUGGCAGGUACUCUCCUUUUAUGUGAUUCAGCCCAUGAAAGGGAGACACCCACAUAAUUAACACAACAACCAAUAAAACAUAAGGUACAUCCCACACAUCUCCUCCCCUCAGAUAAGCCUGUAACCCAAUUAACAAAGUCAAAUUUUUCCCCAAGUUUUGGAUGUACCCCAAAUACCUAUUCUGGGGGAACAACAUAUUAAAAAAUCAUCUCAUUCGGUUCAGGGGUUCGGGGGAUAUGGCACUUUAAAGUUUUGACCAACCGCACAGGCACAAUAGCCGAAAAUAGUUCCAUAAGUUUUGGCUUGCGGUCGGUCCUUGUUCGUGAGUUAAAAGUCCUGAAAGACUUGCCAUCCGUGUGUAGCUUAACGUUCGCCAGAAUCCCCAUAUGCUACUUAGCCUUUCUACCGAAAGGCAGGGCGUUCGGUAGUUUUGGCACGAAUUUCUGGUACUAUGGAGGUCUCAGCGGUGUUCGCCUGCUCGAGUGUCCGAUUUUAGUUCUAGACACUCAACGGCAAAACACAGCUGUUCGGGAGUUAAGAGGGCUGCGGGCACAUGUAAAAGUCCCGAAAUGGCGGCCACCCAGGAACUAAAACAAAGCGUUCGUGUGUUUCCCAUAAAGACUGUAUUCGCUGAUCAAGGAGGUAAAUUACAGCAUAACUAGGUAGCAGGGUGGUCUGUUGUUCGGUAGUUUGCAUUCAUAUGAUGAAUGCAGUGUUUCUACCGUCUGGGUCUCACAAUUGAGCGAAUGCUUUAAAAGUCCCGAACUGCUGUAUAGAAAAGGUAAGGAUCUUCAAUUUGUAUCCAGCUUGAUGUCCUUUUCUGAACAAACAAUACAUCCUUAUAAUCCGAGGUUUCUUUUCCUGUGUAUGUGCCUGGCUAGCUCUUAAGGUAAUAGCCAGUGUUUCCAUGCACAGGGUAGGGUUUUGUUACAGUGCUGUUCUCACAAGAACAAAAUACAUUAAAAUGUUGUGUAGAAGGUGUCAUAGCACAUGUUUUGCUUGGUCAUAAGACUUGUUGAAUACAAAAGCUAUAGAAGUUUUAGUACAUGAAAGCAGUACAGUUCUUGAGGGCUCUGGUUGAAAAAACUAUUUUUUUAAACUAUAUUUAAAAGAUUGUAUAUUCUAAACCAUAGAAAGGAGGUUCUUUAAACAAUUAUUGUGUUAGCUCUUAUUAUAUAUAACAUUAUUGUGCUUAAAUUGUACAUGUUCUGUGUCAGCUGAUGGAAAACAUAGGUUUAUUGAACAUUGUGAGUCAUCAACAUCAAAAGCUAAGGCAUCCAAGUUAUCUCGAGCAAUGCCUAAAAUGGAAGCGUUCUUUUCCUUUCCACUGAAAGGAAACCUUGUCUGAGGACACUGCUUCCCUCAUUGUUCUCACACAGCAGUCACAAAAUGGAGUCUUAAUCUUUAUUUUGUAAUAUAUGCUGGUAGCAGUCUAUGAAUGGCUGUUCCAAGAUGUUCUUGAUGCAGAUUGCCUGAUUAAGUUGCAUUGAUUUUUACACAUUUUUGAGGUGCAUGUUAUUAAUAGUUCUUCAACUGUGCUUUAUUUGCUUAUGUUAUGCAAAAUAAGUUUUCUCUGAAAAAAGCAAACAUGAUAACAGUAAAAUUGGCUAAAAAACCAUUGUAGCUGCUGGACAUGGACAUCUAUUUAUGCAUAUGCUAAGUGUUGAUUGUCUACACAUAUCUAAAUGUGCCAUUAUGCAGGCAUAUAAAUAUUAAAAGUUUUUUUUUUCUAGAAUGCACCACCAAAAGUAUUUUGCUUAGACAUGUGGUAUAUGCCAUUCAAGUAUUUUAUUGAUAGGCAGUUUAAUUAUAGAUAAAGAAAGACAAUGGGAUGUACUGAAUUCUUCAGACUUCCUGUAAUUUGCUGUUUCCUGAGAUUAAACCUUUAACAUGGAGAAGAAAUCAGACACGAACAUGCAAAAAACAAAAUAGGCAAGGCCAAGGAUUGGCAAAUAUUUAUAGACUUUAAGAGCUUGACAGAUGUACUUGGGAGUCAACCUGAUCUAUGUCUGUCUUUUUUUAUGACAAGAGCCAUAAAGACAGACUUAUGAAAAUGUCCUUCAUACCUUGAAAAUGAUUUGUGUAAUGUUUUUUAAGAUAAGGUCUAUCUACCAAGAGUAACAAAGGACUCAUGGCUUCAUAUUUGCAAAUCGGUUUCACUAUAGCUUGAUGGUUAGUUGGUAAACAACCAUCUUGGAAAACAAAAUGGUAAUUUUAGAUUCACCAGGUAUUGUUGAACUGAUUCUAUCAAGAUUCUACAUGAGAUUCAAGUGGGGGAAAUUAUGGAAAUGUAAAUAAGUCAUUAGUAUGCCAAGGUUCGAAACACCACCUCUGGGCACCGAAAAAUCAACAUCUUCGUGUACACACUGAUAAUAUAGAAUUGACACCAUAUGAACAAUGUCGAAUUUAUCUAACCUUUGAGUGGGGGUGAGUUUGGCACUGCAACAGGGAGACAGUACCAGCACUCUAAGCAACAUAACCACUUUAGAAAGCUUUAGUUACUUAGAGUGACCCCUUAUGUCACAAAUAACUAUCUCCAUUUGUGCUUGUAGGACCAUAAUGCUAGCUAUGACACCAGGAAGACACAACAUUCAAAUACUGCAAUGAAUAUAGAGAUAAAAGAAUGCAUAUUUUUAUUUUAUUUUUUUAUAAAAAGAGACCUUGUAACACUGAUGAAACCAAGGUAGUACCAUGGGAUUUCUUUUCAUACUUUAUUAGGCCUGCUUUAUCAUUGAUACAUUAUAUUUUGAAGCCAAAGCUAUGAUCAGUUUUGGUCUGAAGCAACAGAUCAUGUUCAAGACGAAAGAAUUCCAUUGCACUAAGCAGGAACAAACACAGAAACCAGAGAAUAAUGUGCAAUAUCCUCUUUCAACCUUCAGGCCCACUUAAAUCAUCUGCAUUGACUGUGCAGUGAGUUGGAUUGUUUUUCGUGUGCUUGAAAUAAGGAGUGGCACAGCAAGUAAAGCUGCUUUACUUGAGCUUGUGCUGGCAAUGGGACAAUUAUUUUGGACAGUAACGAUUCUUGUGCUCUUCUGUAGGACAGUCUCACGUGUGAAAAAAACAUAUUGAUUAAGUAGUCUCUAAUAGUCCAGAUAUAUGUGCAGUUGAGGUGCAGAAAACCGAAAUAUGAUGGAAGAAGUAAUCUUAUAUGAAGGAUUUGCUUUGUUUAGAUGAUUUGUAAGGAAUAUUCAUUAAAUAUAGAGUGCUCAUUUAAAUACAAUGGCACACACAUGGGUGAAAUGAAACAUUGACAUGUUGGUUCAUAUUUUGGAUGCCAUGAUGCUUGAAUGCAAAAGGUCAUCUUUUGUUUGAUAUCUACAUGGCUGCUAAUAUGUGUUAAAAUAUGUAUUUUCAAUUUUAAUAUUAGACUCAUUGAUUUUUAUCUGACUAGUAACACAUUUCAGGGAAAUCUACUAACCCUUGAAGUAUGCCUGUAAUUGCAUUAGGUUUAAACCAUGGUGAAAAUAUUCCAGGGAACUUUUUUUUUUUAGCUUUACGCAAGCCACUGUGGAGGUUAUGGCUUAAAUCAACAUGUUAGUGGUUUCUAAAAUAUUUUCCUAAUUGUAUCUUAACAUAAUUACAUAUGUUCACAAAUAUCCACAGUUUAAUAUCCAUGAGCUUGGUCAAUGUUUAAAGUGAAUUCAAAGUAGUGUUUAAUUUAAAGUUUGGUAUGAUAUUAAAAUGCAACCACCAGCCUGAAUUUAUGUCUAAGUACCACUUUACUUAGCUACAAGAGGUAUCCUGAUUGGAAACCAUGGCUUUCUUUGGAUUGUUCUGAAUAUUCUUCAUUUUUUUUUUAACUCCUGUUCACAUAAGUCAAAUAAAUGUAGAGUCUAUCAAGUAAGUAUGAUUUUUGAGAAGCUACUGUCCUUCAGGUUUUCUGAUUUUGUUUCUGGCUACCUCUAAUCAGUGCUGACAAUGGUAAGCUUGAAAAGUAGUUGAAACACCAUUUUAAUGUAGCAUAUGAGUGCUCAACGUAUCCCUAUUCUCUUGAAGUCAAUGACUUGGUCAACUGUCAUACUGUAUUCAAUAUUUGAGGUUAGGAAUUGACAUUUGUGGAUGUGGUCUGUGUUCUGUCACAGCAUAGUUUUCUUUAGAUGGCAUCUUGCAUUGCGUAUGCUCUUCUUCAGAACCGUACUUAUUGGCAUAAACAUUUCUUGAGGAAAGAAGCCAAAAUUAUAAAUGUAUGUUCUUAACGAAUAUAUCUUAACUGACUGCACAUAAACAGAGAGUAGUAAUUCUGUUUCUAAAUUUGACUUUGUUUCAUAAUAAAUUAAUAAUUAAGUUUGUGGAAAUGUAUGGGCCAAUGUGAUUUCUUCAAAAUCUAAUGUUUUGUUAAGGUUCUAGUAGAUAUCUAGGAUGUUUUCAGAAGUAGGUACUCAUGAAAACCUGUUAUUCUUGUUCUAAUACUAAAAUAAAUAUGUAAAUUAAAAAAGUAUGUAAAGUUAGAAUUAAUUCUACCAUAUGUAAAUAGUUAAUACAAUGUUAUGUUGAACAGAGCGUCUCAAUGUCAAUUUCUCCAAAUGGAAAGAUAUUCAAUAGAUAGUCGAUGGAACAGGAGACUUAUUCAACAGGUAGAUUUGUGAAAUGACAGCUCUAGGCUCUUGAGAGAAGACAGACCACCUCUAUAUGUACUGUGGUCUGUCAGAAAAUUUAAAUUGCAAAGAUAUAACAUGUACUUUUUGACUUGGACCAUUAUCUGGGUAUAAUGUAAAUAUCUGAGUAUUAUGUAAAUACCAAUUUAGUUCUAUUAAGAGGUAUAUGUGUAGGUAUUCUAUUGAUUACUUUAGAACAAACCCAUGUGAUUGCACUGUUGGGCCUCUUCAUAGCACGCUCUUUCACUAAAUGUUUUCACUGCAAGGCCUGUUAAACAUCUAACAUAUUUUUUUGAGUUUGUAGUUCCUCUUUAAGCUGACUCAGGAAGUUUUAUUUGUUUCCAAGGUUUCCAAGUGAGAAAUGUGUAUAUCAUUUCCUUAAUCUGUUAAAAUAAAUGGAAAAUAAUGUUCUUUCCUCUGGUAUUUUUUCUAAAUUUGCUGGUACAACUGAAAAGCGUAUCGCCAUGGAUAGUCCAUUGUAAUGUGGGGAAAUAGACCCCACCCCUACUACCACAAGAGUUACUGUUUUGAUGAUUAUGAGAACCUUGUAGAUGAAAUUUGCUUGGGUUUUGUUCUAGGAUCCUUUUUUGUCUUCAUGUCAUGAUGAGAUAAAACCAUGUAUUCAUGCUUAAAUGCACAAGAGUUUUUUUACUUUCUUUAGAGAUUAAUGUAUUACAUGACCACAUAAGGGCCAUCUGAUUAACAUAAAAAAGUAUUGUAUUGUUUACACUGGGGUAGUCCAUCUGGUAAAGCCUUCAGUAGCUUGCAUUAACAGAGCACUGAAAUGGUGCCUUCAGAUCUGCAAUGUAAGCAGUUCUACAUUCUACUGCUGUGACGCAGGAGAUAAUGUUGUUGAACAGUGUGGGGGUGGAUCUGUAGUACAGGAUGUGUAAUGUCAACACGAAGCAUUGAAGCUGGCAGCUAGAAGGAAAGCAGCCAUUUCAUGCCAGUGCAGGAAACCUAAAGUAGAUACUGUCCUUCUUAAAAUGAUCUCCACUGUUUUGCAAGUAUAGUCUUGUAAACAUUGCUUGCCUGAUUUGAUUUCUUUUUUAAUCUGAAAGAAAUGUUUGCAAUCUUUUCAUGUUUUAAACCUACUAUGUGUGUGAAAACAUGAAAAAGGUAGGAUGUUGAGGGACAAUGACUCAUCACCACCUUUUUAUAGUUUCCCUCAAAUUUUUCUACAAAUCAACAUGUUACUGGUUUUAUUCUGGUAUCAGUUUCUUAAAUAUCUAUGAAGUCAUGGUUUAUUUUGGCUUUUAUAUUUUACAUUAUAUCAAGUCUUUACAUUUCUCUGUCCUUACGGUAGUGAAUUUUUAAAAAAUGAUAACUGUGAAGUGGUAAAAGGCGAAUAGACCAUUAUCUAUUUGGCAAUCCAGGACCAUAACCAUACCAUAACUAUUUUAAUGUUGUUUUCUUAAUCAUUUUAGCUGUCUGAAAAAUAUUCCAUGUCAAAAUGUCUUCACCUAAUUCAUUUUUCUUCUACUACAAUUAUUUCUCUUUGUGUUUCUCAAUACUGAAAGGACCACUCUCGCCCCGUAACAACUUGAUCUCAAUGAUGUCUGGAGGUUCAUGGGUUAAGCCAUAUCUGAGGGGUUUAACCAUAAAGCUCUCUCAAAGGCACAUGUCUGUUUAGCUCCUAGGCAUCCUCCUCCUGCCUUGACUCCAAGGUGGAAGAUUGUCACUUCGGUGCUGGUGAUAGGCUUAGAGUGUCAGUAAUAAACUCCAUCAUUGCAUCCAAUCAGCCAUUGCCUCCAAAUGUUUACAAGUUUCUCCUAUUUACAAGUUAAUCCAAUUUAUACAAACUCUUUUCUUAAUCCUCAAUAGUUCAUUCCACUUUCUGAUCUCACUUGGCCCCACCAUUGACCUACUACUGAUCUCACUAGAUCUUUCAUUGGUCCUUCCUCCCUACUAAUGAACCUGUCACACAAUUUCUACCAGUUCAAUUUUAUCUAGCUGAUCUCAUCUGAUUCUGAUGGCUGUGUAACUUCUGAUAUCUUGUGGAUUUUUGCUGAUAAAUCUAUUAGAAAUGUUAAAGGUUACUUCAUAACAACACCAAUAUGGGGUAACUGUGUUUAUAAAGGGCUUUUAUUUUAUUUAGUGCAUAAAUAUGCAUAAAUGUAUAAACAAUUAUCAUGUUUUCAAGUAUGUAUUGAAAUGCACAUGCAAUGCAUAUUUAGAAGGUUACACAUUUAAUAUACACAGAAUGAAGAUAACCAUUAGCAGUUGUUAUAGGUUUGUUUGUAGAUUGAAACAGUUCUUUUCAGAGAUUGUGGACCAUUUAAAGGUUUUAGAAGGUUAUUCCACAGCUGUGGAGCUCUGUAUCAGUAGAUUGCAUGACUCAAAUUCAUGUUGUAAGAAGGAAGCGAGAGUAAGGAGGUGGAAGUUAUCAGAGCUGUGGAGAGUGUUAUGAUCAUGCGAGCUAACCAGGGAAGUGGCUAUGAUCCAGGUAAGAUAAGUGAAUGUUUGGAUUAGUGUGUUGACCAUUUCAGUCAUUGUAACAUAUUGCAAUGGCUGGCAGUGUAAUCACAUUCCAGGGCAACACACUAUUGAGAUGGAUUUGUGGUGCAGAUGUAUGUACUCCACAUAGUCAAUGGUGAUUGCAAGGCAUUAACAUUUGUUAAUUUAUCCAUUUUCUUAGUAGCUAAAGAAAUAUUUUUGUUUCUGAAUAAUGUAAACAUGAGGGUGGAGUUUAAAUCAGGGUUGCUCCAAAGAUAGAUUUCCUGGCUGUUCUAGAACUUCAACUUGUAGAAGUACAAUCCAUAAGCGUUAUGUGAGUUGUAUCUGUACAUCACAUGGGGCUCUACCUUUUGUCCAUCUUUGGUUCUGUUGGUAUUUUAUGAAUACAUAUUUGCAGGUACUAACUAAAGUAAAAUUACGGUUUGAUAAUAUUGUAAUAUUGAAUUGGGGGAUUAGUUUAGAAAGUGGGUUUUGUUCCAAAGAUCAUUGUAACAGUUGUACCAGAAUUUAAAAAAAGAUUGUGAUUAUAGAUCCAUGUCUACAUUUCAGUGAAAUCAUGUUGUAAAACAGCCUUGAGUUGUUUGAUAUGUUUUCUUUCUUGGAGAAACUUGGCAAGCUCCACAUGCAAUUUUGAGUUAGCUGAAACCAUUGUUAGCAAUGCAUACUAAUAGAAAUGGAACAAGUGUACCGAGUUUUCACCUAUGAGGUUUUGAGGUUGUUAAAGGACCACUAUAGGCACCCAGACCACUUCAGCUUAAUGAAGUGGUCUGGGUGCCAGGUCCAGCUAGGUUUAACCAUUUUCUCUAUAAACAUAGCAGUUUCAGAGAAACUGCUAUGUUUAUAAUAUGGUUAAUCCAGCCUCUAGUGGCUGUCUCAUUGACAGCCGCUAGAGGCACUUACGUGCUUCUCACUGUGAUUUUCACAGUGAGAAGACGCCAGCGUCCAUAGGAAAGCAUUGUAAAUGCUUUCCUAUGAGACUGGCUGAAUGCGCGCGCAGCUCUUGCCGAAGAGGAGAGGAGGCGGAGAGGAGGAGGAGAGCUCCCCGCCCGGCGCUGGAGAAAGAGGUAAGUUUAACCCCUUCCUCUCCAUCCAGCCCGGCGGGAGGGGGACCCUGAGGGUGGGGGCACCCUCAGGGCACUAUAGUGCCAGGAAAACGAGUAUGUUUUCCUGGCACUAUAGUGGUCCUUUAACAUCUGCAUAGUUGCACUUGGGCACAUUUCUUUUUCAAAUAUUUAAGAAAGUAGUGAUAUUUGUCUGUAGUUUGAUGCUAAGGGUUUCACUCCAACUUUGUGGGUUGGUACAAUUGUUACUGUUAUCCAGAUUUUAUAGCACCAGAAAACAGAGACAUGUUAACUAAGGAUGCUCUGAGGCAUGUUGUCAGUUAGUGGUACAUUAAACUUGAGCACUAUAAUUGUUAACUGUCCUGACCUUGACUGGGACCUCAUUUUGAGAUUACUAGAGAUGAAAUUCAGGAGAUGCUCAGUUAUCUUGCAAAUGAGCAGUGGCUUAUAGUACAUAUACAUUUGAAUUACAAAUGCAUUAGUAGUGAUAGACUGCCGUAAGGUUGGAGAAGUUUUUUCAGAGACUGAUUCCAAGUCCUCAGUUUUAUAUUUGUUGUGAGGGAGAAGGCACACUCACCAGCGAUUUUGUUUCACAUGUUUGCUAUAUAUAUAUAUAUAUAUAUAUAUAUAUAUAGUGAAGGGGUAGGAAACGUUCAGCACUCCAGAUAUUGUGGACUACAUCAUCCAUAGUGUUUUUAUGGCCAUAAUGCUUGCAAAGCAUCAGGGGAAAUGCAAUUGACACAAAUGGAGUGCCAAAGGUUGCCUUCCCCUGAUAUAGUGCAUUUCAUGGUUUUGUUGUCUGUCUUUUUGAGCUGAAAUGUUUUGGGGAAUAUUUUAUGUUAUUGAUAUCAUGACAAUAGUUGUCCAGAUUAGCCAGUCUAGGUUGCUUUGUUGCAGACAGUAUUCAGUUUGUAAGAGGUGAAGUCAUUCGGAGAGCACGAUUGCCUAGAUUUUACCAUUAUGAGGUUCUCUGAGCCUCUCUAAUCUUCUUUAGUAGUGCAUGGGUAAAACAGCCAUAUUGUGACUCAAAUUCAAACCACAAACUGUUAAUUAGAAGAGAUCAGGUAUGACGUUUAAACUUAAGGGUGACAAUAUAUGAAGGGACUUUUUUUUUCUAUUGGUAAUUAUAUUAUGUAUUAUUUGUAUUCCCCAUAGCUGUUAUAAGAAGAUGGUCUGGUAAAGGCAGCUAGGUUUUUUUCUCUUUGCGCUUUCAUUGCUCUUAACUACCCCUUUACUUUUUAACUAUUGAUAGAACAUUUCACAUUUCAUUUGACCUGCUUAAACAUAUAAACUGCAUAGGAAAUCUUAAGCACCAGCCCUUUGUAGUGGUGCUACAGGGAGUGCAGAAUUAUUAGGCAAAUGAGUAUUUUGACCACAUCAUCCUCUUUAUGCAUGUUGUCUUACUCCAAGCUGUAUAGGCUCGAAAGCCUACUACCAAUUAAGCAUAUUAGGUGAUGUGCAUCUCUGUAAUGAGAAGGGGUGUGGUCUAAUGACAUCAACACCCUAUAUCAGGUGUGCAUAAUUAUUAGGCAACUUCCUUUCCUUUGGCAAAAUGGGUCAAAAGAAGGACUUGACAAGCUCAGAAAAGUCAAAAAUAGUGAGAUAUCUUGCAGAGGGAUGCAGCACUCUUAAAAUUGCAAAGCUUCUGAAGCGUGAUCAUCGAACAAUCAAGCGUUUCAUUCAAAAUAGUCAACAGGGUCGCAAGAAGCGUGUGGAAAAACCAAGGCGCAAAAUAACUGCCCAUGAACUGAGAAAAGUCAAGCGUGCAGCUGCCACGAUGCCACUUGCCACCAGUUUGGCCAUAUUUCAGAGCUGCAACAUCACUGGAGUGUCCAAAAGCACAAGGUGUGCAAUACUCAGAGACAUGGCCAAGGUAAGAAAGGCUGAAAGACGACCACCACUGAACAAGACACACAAGCUGAAACGUCAAGACUGGGCCAAGAAAUAUCUCAAGACUGAUUUUUCUAAGGUUUUAUGGACUGAUGAAAUGAGAGUGAGUCUUGAUGGGCCAGAUGGAUGGGCCCGUGGCUGGAUUGGUAAAGGGCAGAGAGCUCCAGUCCGACUCAGACGCCAGCAAGGUGGAGGUGGAGUACUGGUUUGGGCUGGUAUCAUCAAAGAUGAGCUUGUGGGGCCUUUUCGGGUUGAGGAUGGAGUCAAGCUCAACUCCCAGUCCUACUGCCAGUUCCUGGAAGACACCUUCUUCAAGCAGUGGUACAGGAAGAAGUCUGCAUCCUUCAAGAAAAACAUGAUUUUCAUGCAGGACAAUGCUCCAUCACACGCGUCCAAGUACUCCACAGCGUGGCUGGCAAGAAAGGGUAUAAAAGAAGAAAAUCUAAUGACAUGGCCUCCUUGUUCACCUGAUCUGAACCCCAUUGAGAACCUGUGGUCCAUCAUCAAAUGUGAGAUUUACAAGGAGGGAAAACAGUACACCUCUCUGAACAGUGUCUGGGAGGCUGUGGUUGCUGCUGCACGCAAUGUUGAUGGUGAACAGAUCAAAACACUGACAGAAUCCAUGGAUGGCAGGCUUUUGAGUGUCCUUGCAAAGAAAGGUGGCUAUAUUGGUCACUGAUUUGUUUUUGUUUUGUUUUUGAAUGUCAGAAAUGUAUAUUUGUGAAUGUUGAGAUGUUAUAUUGGUUUCACUGGUAAUAAUAAAUAAUUGAAAUGGGUAUAUAUUUGUUUUUUGUUAAGUUGCCUAAUAAUUAUGCACAGUAAUAGUCACCUGCACACACAGAUAUCCCCCUAACAUAGCUAUAACUAAAAACAAACUAAAAACUACUUCCAAAAAUAUUCAGCUUUGAUAUUAAUGAGUUUUUUGGGUUCAUUGAGAACAUGGUUGUUGUUCAAUAAUAAAAUUAAUCCUCAAAAAUACAACUUGCCUAAUAAUUCUGCACUCCCUGUAGAAGGCUACAGGCAUAGUCCUUUCGUUUUGAGUCAAACCAUUUUUUUUGAACAGUUUGACUCAAACCAAAGGUCCUCGAAGCUCCCAUGACCUGGUUCUUCAUAUGACGUGUACUUAGUGCAGGAGUUACACUUCAUCCAUAUUUGGACAGCAGGGGUAGGCUGCGCGUGUCAACUGAAAGAUAGAACAUUUCAAAGAUAGCACAUUUCAUCUGAAUGUUUUUUGUUAAAUUUAAAAAAAAUAUAUGUACUUAGAAGGCUUAAUAACUUUUACUGUCUUUGACUUCAACAUUGAUGUUGUGGAAUGCAAUCUGUUGUCUGUCAGAUUUAUUUCUGCUUUAGCUCAGUGUCAUUUUACCUUCUGGGGAAAAUGAAGAUAAGAUCAGUGAUACAUUUUUCACAGGUUGUAGACUGUGGCAGUAUAACCGAUUAUUAUUCCCACUGCUGAUUUUUUGUCACUCCCACCCAUGCUAUUCUGGUGGCUUCUCGCUACAUAUAUAAAAAAAUAUGUGCUAAUAUUUUAAAGGAAUUCUGUGUUUUUGCAAGUUUGGUUCUGGAAAUAAUGUAAUUCCCAUUUUAACUUAUACUGUAUUUCUUAUUUAAAGUGAACAAGUAGUUGUACCCAUGACAGGAAUUAAAUACCAUAUACCAAACGUUCCUUUUUACUAAAAUAAACCAAACUUUAAUCUGUAGUGCACCUUAACAAUAUAUAUUGAAUUUUUUUAAAAACCUGUGAUGAAAAUAAUGUAGUUUUAAAACGCCUGAUGAGAAAGCUUGGAGUUUGGCGUGAAAUGUAAAACAUACUUCCAUAUUUGUGCAUAAACAUAUAUAUUAUAUAUGUGUGGUGCGCAAUAAUUGCAUAAAAUUAUUCAGCAAUGCCCCGUUUGUGUUAUAAAUUUCUAACAUAUUCAGAAUUUUUUAUGUCUGAAAAAUGUGUACAAUUAACCUAUAGGGAUUCAUGACAAUAAGAAUGGUUUUGAAGGAUGUGCUUGGUAGUAAGGUUUCUUCACUCUAAGCAUUAUCAUUACUGCAACUUAUUGAAGCGGGUAUGGUGCCAGGAAGCUAUGGGGCCUUCAAUUUUUAAAUGGCUUGACAAAAAGGAAGUAUUUCUGCAUUGCAAAAACCAUUCACUCAACUUACGAUGAUGUCAUACUGUAAAAAUCUCUUUAUCUUUGCUUGCACUGGAUUGGGCGGAUUAUGGAUAUUUCCUCAUUACGGAAUUGAAGGUUGACUAGGUGGACAUUGGGUGCAGGGAAUAUCUAAGAUCUGAAUCAGAGAGAUUGCUUCCUAGCACCAUCACAAUAUAACAAGCUGUACUGGUUGCUUUAAUGAUUGUGAUGGUUCCAUGCUAUAUACCUUUUAGAACUAACUUUUUGGUUAGAAGUUAGUCAUUUUUCAGUACUGGUUCUAUUAGAAUCUAUUAUAGAAAAAAUAUCUCCAAAAAUAGAAAGGAAACUAGCAAUUGCCCAUAUAAUUUACUUUUUAGUAAAACUAUGCAAACCUGUAUGAGAAAAACAGGUGAACAUACAGGUGUAUGUCUUGAGUGGAAAGGAUUUGCAUAGACUGGGUAUAAAUGUUAAAGGAACACUCUAGCUUAAAGCAUUUAUUAUUGCCACCUACCACUGGUGGCUACCCCAGAGCAUUAAACAAGGUAAGAAAAUAAAAAGGUAAUAUGGCUAUAUAUGUAUUUUUCUAGGUAAAAUAUACACUCAUUGAGUAAAGUUAAAUUUAGGGUAGUCUUAAAGUCUGUCUUACAAAGAAUAACAAGAUUGGAAGAAGGGUCUGAGACAUAUGGAAUGACAGUAAACUUAAAAUAUGCAGUGAAGCAAAAACAGUGGAUAUAAGAAAUCUGAGAACAGGCAAAAGUUCAUAGAAAUGCAAUAGCUUGCCCUUUGGUUAUUCCCCCUCCAGUUCUAAAAAUAGUUUUUGCUCUCUUGUGCCAUUACAUAGAGAACCAAUACAAUUUGCAUAUCAGACUGAUGCCAACCACAAGGGCAGUCCAGAUCCAAAUGCCAGCAAGUUCCCUAUGCACCAGAGAUACAGUAACCCAGGAUGAUUGUAGAAAGUUGUAACUAGUUACAUAGCUGAAAAGAGACAGGCAUCUGUCAAGUUCAGCCUUUCUCACAUUUGUUUUUGCUGUUGAUCCAAAAGAAGGCAAAACAAAUAUUUUGUAGUGCUUCCAAUUUUGCAACAAACUAGGAUGAAAUUCUGUCUUGACUCCACAAUGGCAGUCAGAUAUCUCCUUGGAUCAAGAAGCUACUACCCCACUAAUUAAAAACGAUAUCCCUCUAUAUUAUGUUUUUGUAGGUAUUUAUCCAAUAGCUGUUUAAACAUCUGUAUGGACUCUGAUAAAACCACCUCUUCAUGCACAGAAUCCCAUAUCCUUAUUGCUCUAACUGUAAAAAACUAUUUCCUGUGCCUUAGACUAAAUCUCCUUUCAUCCAGCCUAAAUACAUGACCUUGUGUCCUAUGUAUAGCCCUGUUUAUGAAUAGAUUUCCAGACAAUGGUUUGUAUUGACCCUGAAUAUAUUUGUAUAAUGCUAUUAUAUCCCAUCUGAGGUGCUGUUUUUCCAAACCAAAGAGAUUUAACUUUGUUAACCUUUCUCCAUAACUAAAAUGCUGCAAUCCUUUUAUCAUUUUUGUAGCCCGCCUCUGCCCUUUUUCUGGUGCCUUAAUAUUCUUCUUUAGAACAGGUACCCAAACUUGCACAGCAUCUUACUAGUGAUUUAAAAAGAGGCAAAAUUAUAUUUUAAAAUUGAGAAUUAAUGCCCCUAUUUAUACAUGAUAAUACCUUACUGGCCUUAGUAACUGCCAAUUGACAUUGUAUAUUGCCUAGUUUGUCUAGAGGUGAUACUCGAAAAAUUAGAAUAUUGUGGAAAAGUUCAUUUAUUUCAGUAAUGCAACGUAAAAGGGGAAACUAAUAUGAGAUAGACGCAAUACAUGCAAAGCAAGAUAGUUCAAGCUGUAAUUUGUCAUUAGUGCGAUGAUUAUUGCUUACAGCUCAUGAAAACCCCAAAUCCACAAUCUCAGUAAUUUAGAAUAUUACAUGCAAUCAAUAAAACAAGGAGUGUACAUAGAACAAUAUCGGACCUCUGAAAAGUAUAAGCAUGCAUAUGGACUCAGUACUUGGUUUGGGCCCCUUUUGCAGCAAUUACUGCCUCAAUGCGGCAUGGCAUGGAAGCUAUCAGCCUGUGGCACUGCUGAGGUGUUAUGGAAGACCAGGAUGCUUCGAUAGCGGCCUUCAGCUCUUCUGCAUUGUUCGGUCUCAUGUCUCUCAUCUUUCUCUUGGCAAUGUCCCAUAGAUUCUCUAUGGGGUUCAGGUCAGACGAGUUUGCUGGCCAAUCAAGCACAGUAAUCUCACUGUCAUUGAACCAGGCUUUGGUGAUUUUGGCAGUGUGGGCAGGUGCCAAGUCCUGCUGGAAAAUGAAGUCAGCAUCCCCAUAAAGCUCGUCUGCAGAAGGAAGCAUGAAGUGCUCCAAAAUCUCCUUAUAGACGGCUGCGUUAACCCUGGACUUAAUGAAGAACAGUGGACCAACACCAGCAGAUGACAAGGUUCCCCAAAUCAACACAUACUAUAGAAACUUCACACUGGACUUUAAGCAUCUUGCAGUGUAUGCCUCUCCAUUCUUCUUCCAGACUUUGGGUCCUUGGUUUCCAAAUGAGAUGCAAAAGUUGCUCUCAUCAGAAAAGAGGACUUUGGACCACUGAGCAACAGACCAGGCCUGUUUUUCUUUAGCCCAGGUAAGACGCUUCUGACAUUUUUUGUUCAGGAGUGGCUUGACAAGAGGAAUACGACAUCUGUAGCCCAUGUACAGGAUCCUUCUGUGUGUGGUGGCUCUUCAUGCACUGACUCCAGCCUCAGUCCACUCCUUGUGAAAGUCCCCAACACUUUUGAAUGGGCUUUUCCUGACAAUCCUCUCCAGGCUGCAGUCAUCCCUGCUGCUUGUGCACCUUUUUCUUCCACACUUUUCCCUUCCACAUAACUUUUUUAUUAAUGUGCUUUGAUACAGCACUUUGGGAACAUCCAACUUCCUUCGCAGUUACCCUUUGAGGCUUUCCCUCCUUAUGGAGGGUGUCAUUGAUGGUUUUCUGCACAACUGUCAGGUCAGCAGUCUUCCCCAUGAUUGUGAUUCCUACUGAACCAGACUGAGAGACCAUUUAAAGGCUCAGAAACCCUUUGCAGGUGUUAUGGCUUACUUAGCUAAUUAGAGUGGGACACUGUGAGCCUAGAAUAUUGCACCUUUUCACAAUAUUCUAAUUUACUGAGAUUGUGGAUUUGGGGUUUUCAUGAGCUGUAAACCAUAAUAAAUUCCCUUAUGACAAUCACGGCUUGAACUAUCUUGCUUUGCAUGUAUUACGUCUAUCUCAUAUAUUAGUUUCCCCUUUUUACGUUGCAUUACUGAAAUAAAUGAACUUUUACACGAUAUUCUAAUUUUUCGAGUAUCACCUGUAUAACAAUUCCCAAAUCCUUCUUGUGUGUUGUUAUCCCUAAUUCACUACCAUUUAGGUUGUAAGUUCCUUGUGCAUUCUUUACCCCUAAGUGCAUAACUUGCAGUUUUCUACAUUAAAUUUCAACUGCAAUUUGAGUGCCCAGUCCCUCUAUCUAUCUAAAUCCCUCUACAGCAAAGCAAUAUCCUGUUUACAUUGUAUUACUUUACAGAGUUUUGUGUCAUCUACAGACACUGAAACAUGGCUUUCAAUGCCUAUUUCAAGAUCAUUUAUAAAUAUGUUCAAUAGAAGCGGCACGUAGCACUUUUGUCUAGCUUGAAAAUUUACCAUUAAUGACAACUCGUUGUACUCUAUCUUUAAGCCAAUGUUCUACCCAAGAACAAGAAUUUUCACCAAGACCAAUUUCUUUUAUUGUGAAUACUAACCUAUUGUGAGUAACCGUAUCAAACGUUUUGGCAAAAUCCAAGUAGAUCACAUGCACGGCAACGCCCUGAUCUAUACUUUUACUUACUUCUUCGUAGAAUGCAAUUAGAUUAGUUUGAUAUGACCUAUGUUUCAUAAAACCAUGCUGAUAAUGUUCUUCCCAAUGAAUUCCUGAAUGUUAUCCCUUAAUAACCCUUCAAAUACAUUCCCAGCCACAAAAGUUAAGAUAAUGCAUUGAAGCAAAAAUAAAAAAUAUGAGAAACUCAAUAGUAUGCCCUUCUUUAACCCUUGCUCAGGUCUCAAAAUAGUUCAUAUAUGCAGUAACUGCCUUGUUGGUAUAUUUAAUAUAUGUGUAAUUCUGUAAGUUUGAAAGGAACACUCCAAACAUAUAAUUUAUAUCCAAUGCAAUUCCCCAUAGUGGCUAUGGUGCCAGGAGUGCAAAAAAAACAACUUUAUAUAAAUGUACAUGUAUACAAUUUUAGAAACUGGAUGUCAAAUCUGGGGAAUCUAGGCCCCUGAAAUCUUCAAAUUUUCCAAGAAAACCAAAGAUGAGUAAACAAGGUGGAAUAUCAAUUACAAUUUUAUUCCAUACUGAUUAUCCUCAUGGGAACGUUUCAUUCCUGUGUGGUCAUAGAUAUCUGGAAUGUCCCAAACAUGUACAAGAAAUCAUAUGGCAAUAUUAUUUGGUUAUUUAGUCAGCUUCUGUUGACAUGGGUCUUUUAUUGCUAAUAGUUGCCCGUUUAUAGUUAAUUCCGGUCAUAUCAACAGAGAAAUGAACAGGAAACCAGCUUUCAAUGGUUUCUGUCAAGUUAUUUAGUACAGAAAAGCCACAUCCUUUACUAACACGAUAAACAAAGUGGACAUAGCCUUCUGUGGAAUAAUAUUAUUUUGUAUUGUCUUGGCAGUCUCAAAUUUCACAUACAUCAUUUAUAUGUCAUAUUUUAAAAGUGUUGCUACUUACAUAUGAUGGUAUCAAGUACAAUUUAAGUAUUCUCUGUUUGGCAGGAUUGUAUGUUUAUCCCUACUGAAGAUUACUCAUGUAUUUGGGGAGAAAGUAGUAUGUGGUAUUCCAGUUUAAUUCAUGACUUAAAUUGUCACUGAACUAUUUUGUACACCAUGUCCAGUACCAUAACACUUUUAUCUACAUACUGUGCUGGAAAUUUUGUAGAAUGCAGGUGAAAGGGGGUUUAAUUUGCUCCUGUGUCUUAGCAUAGAACAUGACUUGAAAGAAUGCAGAAAAUGAGUGCAUGCGACAUUUGUACACAAUGGGAGUUAUGAGUAAUUCUGGGGCAAAGUUCUAAAAGUGGAGUGAUCUACAGAAACAUUCCUUUGGUUUUCACUUUUAAAACUUUGCCCCAAAAUGACACAAAACCAUUAUGUAUGACAAUUGUAAGACUGUGCAUAUCCCUCAAUUCCUUGCACACAAUGGUUUCAGUUGAUUAAAGUAGUUUGUAUGAAGAAAAAAGCCUUUUAAACAGGCUAAUUGCACCGAUGUUUUUUCAUGAAUGAAAUCACCCAUGGUUGUACAUUCUCAGGAUUACUAGUGACCUAAAAUGCUUAGCUGCAGAGCUACUCAAGGAUUAUAUAACUUGAGAAAAACAGGAUAGUUGUAUAAACCAGACCAGGCAUGUUGGGAGGUGAGAUAGUCAAAUAUGUAAACUCAGGCAAGUGUAAAGAGGAAUAGGCUAUGGUCAAUGGUAUAUAAAGGUACACGCCAGUGAGAAGACAAGGUCAACAAGAAUACAAAAUAGAGAAUAGUCAAGGACUAGCCAAAAUAAUAAAAAUAAAAAAAAGGAUAAACAUACAACAUGCUCUUGAAUACCAAAAAAAAAGCAGAAAAGCAACAGAGUAAUGACGUGUCUGUGGUGUGGAUGAACAUAGGCGUCAGGGAUCCUCAGUGGCUCCCAUCAUAAUUAUGAAUCCAAAACAUUUGUGUACGGAGUUGCAUAAAUAAUGCAUCAGACCUUGUGUCAGAAAACUGGUGCCGGUAUGGAGCACCAUAAAAGAAAACAUCAACCUGCACUUGACAUGAUACGAGAACACAAGGUGGCAUAAGUAUUGUUAAUUUGAUUGGUAAGCACUCUUAGCAGCUCCAUCCAUUUGAAGGCUAUUUGCUGAGGAGAAGACCCAUCUUUAAGCAAAAAUCCCUCCAGAAUUUAGAAACAUAUUGGCUAACUCUAUCAGAAAAUAUUUCUUUUUGAAUGACAUGCAGUCUAAACCCAUCUCUGGGUUUAUCUUUGCCCAUUCUGAGGAGGUGGGUAGCUUAGGCAAAGAAACAAAGUGUGUCAUCUUUGAGAACCUACCAAUUAUCAUGAAGGUAACAUUAUUUUGUUGGCAUUCAAAACUGCCACUUCCUUGUGAGGGCAGAAGUUUUGUGAUUUCCAGACGGCCAGCUGCUUUACUGGAGUGGUACAAAGACAAAGCUAUUUCUACCUAAUAUCUCUUGUGUGUCUCAUAAAGUAUGAGCUUGUCUGAGCAGGACCUUCUUCACUUCUUGUCUCUGUUCAUUUUUGGAUGUCAAGGACUUGUCUCACAUCCCCAUUAUAAAAUUCUCAAGCAUUGUUGAAUAUGUUGACACUAUAUAAGUGCAAAUAAUUAUAAAAAUUUCAGAAGGUUCCAUACUCUAUUUAACAAGAAGCAUUGCAGCUUGCAUCGGACUGGAUUGGAUUUUUUCCAAUAAUGACAAAUUUUAAAAACAGCUAAAAUUUUUAUGUUGUAAUAACUUUUUUAUUGGACUAACAGAAUUUUUAAAAAGGUAUUACAAGAUACGAAUUGUAUCUGUUUUUUACAUCUACAUCACUUUUCUAAUGCGGCUACUGUCUCUACUUGAACAUUAAUGAAAAAGAAAGAGUCAAGGUAUUAUUGGCUAUAAAUCUUUGCUUUGGUGUAAUAAAACUGAUGUCUUGUUCUUCUGAAUCACAUGGUUUAUACUGUUUGGAGAGAGCAUCUGACUUUGCAUUAUGAGCUCUAAGUUGAUAUGUUAGGCCAUUGUUAAACCAGCAAAGUACCAAAGACCACCAUGCCUGUCUGGAUGAUAAGUCCUUGGUUACCCUAAUAUACAAGUUCUUGUGAUAUGUCAAUAUCAUAAGUUGAACUACAGAAUCUUUGAGUAAGUGUCUCUAUUCUUAUUUUAUGUGUAUAUAUAUAUAUAUAGGGACAGUGCCCUAUACCAUUAGGAAUACAAGAUUGUACUCCUAACGCUAUAGUGUUCCUUUAAACAGUAUCUGUACUGCCUAUGCAUGUGCAAACAUGUCCUAACUAUGGUCCAUGUCUCAGUUCAGGCGUCUCAAAAAUCUAGUUGUUGCUGCAGGCUCCUAAGGAAAUUGUGAUAUCAUGAUUAGCAGAGACCUAAAAUGCAGAUAUUAGUGGCAACACUACACAAGAAUGAUAUACAUAGAGAAAAAUAGGUUGGUAGCAUAUUGGAACUUAGGGGUCAGAUUUAAUAUGGUGCUUAUAGGGAAGCAAAGUAGCCAAAUUUGUGAAUACAGUUAAAGGGACACUAUACUUACCUGAAUCACUGUAGCUUAAUGUAGUGGUUCUGGUGUCUAUAGCAGUGGUUCCCAAACCAGUCCUCACUAUUAGUAUUGUUAUUGGUGUUUAUAUGGCGCCAACGUAUUCCGCAGUGCUUAACACCAACAGUCCAGUAUUUAUGUAUUUCCCUGUUUUAUACCAAUGGAGAUACUGACAAAACCUGGACUGUUGGUGGGUCUUGAGGACUGGUUUAGGAAACGCUGGUCUAUAGCAUGCUCCUGCAGUCUUAGCACUGUAAAUACUGCCUUUUCAUAGAAAAGGCAGUAUUUACAUUGCUGCCUAGGAACACCUCUAGCAGCAGUCACUCAGGUGUCCACUAGAGGUGCUUCCUAGUCCAGUGUUGCACAGUGUGGAGCAUUUUAUCUUUACAAAGGCACCUGUCAAGAAGUGGCAUAUUUUAGGCUGUGAACAGUGAUUUCUUAAAUUUCCUGUGUUGGAAACAGGAAAUAUGAGCAAGCAAAAAGAUCUGAGUGACUUUGACAAAGACCAAAUAGUGAUGACUAGACAGUCAGAGCAUCUCUAAAACAACUAGUCUUGGUAGGUGUUCCUGGUAUGCAGUGGAUAGUACCUACCAAAAGUGCUGCAAGGAAUGACAACCGGUGCACCAGCAUCAUGGUCAUAGGUGUCCAAUGCACAUUGAUGCACGUGGGGAGAAAAGGCUAGCUCGUGUUAUCCAUUUACACAAUAAGAGGGCAGGGUGGUGAGAGGUAGUGCUAUGCUCUGGGCUAUGAUGGGAACCUAUUUGUCCUGGCUACUUUGACACAUCCCACCAACCUAGAGAUUGUUGCAGACCACGUACCACCCUUCAUGGCAAUUGUGUUACCUGGUGGCAGAAGCCUCUUUCAGAAGGAUUAUGAACCCUAGCACACUGCAAAAAUUGUUCAGGAAUGAUUUAAGGAACAUGACGAAGAGUUCAAGGGGUUGCCUUCGCCACAAAAUUCCCUAGAUCUCAAUGUGAACAUCUGUGAGAUGUGCUGGAACAAAUCUUACCCAUGGAGGACUCACCUUGCAACUCACAGGAUUAAAAGGAGCUGCUGAUAAUGUCAGAUACCAUAGAACAUGUUCAGAUGUCUUGUGGAGUCCAUGCCUCGACACAUCAGUACGAGGGGAACCUGCACGCUAUUGUGCAGGUGGUGUUAAUAUUGUGGCUGAUGAGUUUAUUACACAAAAGCAAGUAGACAAGCCAAAGAUCCAUAUAGAUACAUAAUAAUUGAGGAAUAGCUGGUCGGAUGCCAAUAAACAUGAAAUCUGCUCUUGGAUACCAAAAGAAAACAGGGCAAUGAUUUGUACAUAGUAUGAGUUAAUGUCGAAACAUAGACUACACCAGACUUCUGAAUGUGUUCUGUGGUAUCUGGCACCAAGACAUUAGCAGCCUUUUAGUCCUGUGAGCUGCGAGGUGAAGCCUCCAUGGGUAAGGUUUGUUCCAGCACAUCCCAGAGAUGCUCACAUCUGGUGAAUUUGGAGGCCAGGACAAUACCUUGAGCUCUUUGUCAUGUUCCUCAAACCAUUCCUGAACAAUUCUAGCAGUGUGUUAGGGUGCAUAAUCCUUCUGAAAGUGGCUUCUGACACCAGGGAACACAAUUACAUGGUCAGCAACAAUAUCUAGGUUGGUGGGUUGUGUCAAAGUCGCAUCCUCAAUGGUUGGUUUCAUAAUUGUGACUCCAAAAUGUUUCUGUAUGGAGUCAUAUAGGUGAUCAGACCUCACAAAUUACAUAAGUAUGAAAUACCACGUAAGGACACAGAUGGUUAACAUCUGGCAGUACGCACAAGGGUAUAACACUGUAAUGGCUCCUGGCAGAUGAGGUGCCAGGAACUGAACAAGGCCAACAGGAAAAGGCAGAUACAAGGAACAGCUUCAGACAAGUAAACAUACCUUUCAAUGCAAUCCAUACUCAACAGAAAAAAAAAAACAAAUAUGCAAAGACCCUCAAAAGUGACAGAUUCACUUUAAUGGUAUUUGGUAAACAUGCUUCUAGGUUUCCAUAUGGUUUAUGUGCCUUUAUUUUAGGCUUAGAAAACUAGUUUUCAGUGAUUGAAUCAUAAGAACCUAGUGGUCCUGGUGGCUGAAAAAAAAAAAUGAUGGACAUUAGUAUGUUCAGUGCACCCUAUAAAUGGUGUGUGUACAUUAUUUUUUUAAGAGGACACAUUUUAAUUAUGUCACAUAUAAUAGACUUUGUUGAGAAUAAGGUAUGUUAGUAGUCUCCUUCAGUUCAUUGUAAAUUAAUAACUAAUUUGAGAACAUUGUUUAUCUAGAGCACAUCCAUGUAUAGGCUAUAUGUGAAAGUACCUAAAUAGUUUCAUAUCUAGCUUUGCAUAUAGACUAUACCUCAAAAAUCAUGUUUAUUCCAUUAUUUUGUUCCUCAGUUUGUAGUGUGUAUGUGGUUUUGUUUUUCUCCUCUCUCUACAAAUGUUAAAAGCUGUUUUUCUAGGUAGGUUUUGUUUCUCCACUGAUAUACAAUGGAGCUUUCAGAGAACCUUUUAUAAAAGGAUAGCUGGAGUCUUUGUGUUGAAGGGUGUGCCUGUUGGCAGGCUUUGCUGAUGCAGACAGGCUGGCUGGUGAUUAACAAAGGUCAUUAGACUUUGGAAUCUAGCAAGCAGUCAGAUGGUUUGUCUUCUCUCUUUAGAACUCCUAAUAGAACAGAAGUAAGUAAGAUGCAGUUGUCUUAAUUUAGGUUAAAUUCUGAACUCUUCUAUAACUCCAGAAUAGGAUGAAAUCUAAAACAAAAACUGUUUUGAAAUGACUUACAAACUUUUCAUGUUUGAAAGAAACAAGAGGGCUGGGGAUAUUUUCCAGAACAUGCUCUGAAGUUCAGCUCACUCUGCAAACUGAAAAAAAAAAUGUACUUGGGGCACCAAGAAAUGGUUAAAAUCUUGCUGUGAACAUAAAUGUGCUUGCUGUAUGUAUCUAAAGCUGCUUCUCUCAAAUACACAAAGGACUUGAGAUAUCUGUAGGAACUAUGUGCUCUUGUUCUUUGCUGGUCUGGAGCCAUGUUGUGCUGAACUGAGGCUUCAAGUGCCUGUUUUCUGUGAGGUAAAAUGGCUGCUUCUAAAGCUCAGAGGAGUAGGACUGCAUUGUGAAGCCUUACAGCUUCUCUGACGCAGGAUCUCCUAUCUGCUGAUUGUGUGACAAAAAAAACCUUCAGCAGAGCUGUGCCUUGUUUGGCUGAGAUGAAAGGACUAAGCUUGGGGGAUGGGAAGAGAAAAACUGGAUGAUCUGCUUUUCUGUGAAGUGCUUUGAAUGCAGGAGUCAUCUGCACCAUGGAAAAAAAAAAAAGCUUUGAGAUGUAAUGGACUGUGCUGAAGAGACAUAGGGUGGGGCUUCUGUUGCUGCUGUAAUAUGAUCUACAGCAGAUAGCAAACUCUUCCACACACUCCAGUCUUGUGCUCUGAAAGAAGAGCUUCUAGUAUCUUGAUAACUGCAGCUUGGUUUUAAAAGUAAUCUAGUACAAAGAUCAUGUUGAUGGAGGUGGGAGGACAAGCUGUAGCUUAGGUAAAUAUCUCUGUGUAUGAAUUCAGUCUUUCUUUCCAGAGGUCUGUUGCAAGCAGCCAGGAAUGAGGUUCAUGCAUUUUUGUGAAAAUUCUUGAUAUAAUGACCACUUGUUAUUCUUUCUGUAUAUAAUUUUGCUAUUGUGAAACCUAGCUAUAGCAGAUUGAAAUGAAAGACACACACAAGCUCAAAGAAGAUCCUACACUUUUAAAGUAUAUUCACAUUGGCAUAUAGCAUUCUUACAUUUCAGAUCAUCACUCUUCAGCCACCCACACCCAAAAUAAGCUACAAUUUGGAAAAACAUAAGAAUUUAUGCAUUUUGUUUCAUAUAGCAGAAUCUACUGUAACUGGCUUUCCCCUAACUUAACCGUCCCCCCACCCCCAUGUGCUGUUUGUUUUUGUGUCUGUGGCAGAAAGGGUUGUGGAAGAGUCUGGAAUGAUGAGUGAGGUUGUGAGAACAAUGUGCCUUUGUCAGAUCUAGAACGCUAAUUUGCAUAAUUAUUGGGACCCUAUAAAGCAUUAAUUGUCUUUGGUUCUUAACGAGCAGGCUUGUUUUAUUAUAUUAUGGCUACAGCAAAGAAGAGUCUAAUAUGAUUGUUUUAGCUAAAAUUGAAUAUUAUUUGUGUGCAGCUAAUAUUUUCUGGUGGUUUGCUUAUUUGGCAUCUAAUUAUAAUGUUCUAGACUGUAUAUGUAAUUGGUACUCCUACUAUUACUGCUCUUAUUCUAUAUUAUUAUUUUGUGUUUGUUUAUUUGUUUCACUAAUUCCCAGUUGUGCUUGCAUACCUAUGAAUGCAAGAUGUAGCUUACAGGUUUUGGAAAGGUGGAUCCUUUCUCUAUAAACUUUAACAUCAAGUAAAUAUUAGCUACACAGAGAUGAAUACAGUAAAUGGCUGUCUGGGUACAUGGGUUAAACAAAUUCCUUGGACUUCUUGAAGACCCAUUCUCCUGUUAAUGUAUUUUCUUAGUACCGAUGUUCAUCACAAUAUUCAGCCAUGGUCCACUUCCUAAAACUUUAAGGUUUUUGUAUAAUUUUAACAACUAGAGUAGUAUGCUUGCGUAAUACAUUCCAAUAGUCAUUUGACAUAUUCCAUCCAGUGUAGUAGCAUGUCUAUGGUUUUUGUUUUGUUUUUUGCUUGGGUGGAGAUUGGGUAGGUGGGUACUUUUAACCUGUAUAUAACUCAAGGUUUUAUUUCUUCUCUGUAUUUCAGAAUUUCCUAAUGUAAAAACAUAACCUAAGACCAUGGAGGUUCUUCAGUGUGAUGGCUGUGACUUCAGAGCCCAGUCCUAUGAUGACCUAAAGGCUCACAUUCAGGAUGUACAUACUGCAUUUUUGCAACCCACAGAUGUAACGGAAGAAAGUUCUAGUCAGAAUAGAUCUGUGGGUACGAGUUCUAACACCCAGUCAGAAGGCGUGUUCUCUUCAGUUAAAGAUGAAUUCAUGUCAACAGAAGAAAAUCAUGGUGGGUUGAAUUUUACUUUUUAGCCCCAAUCAAUUUAUGUGAGGUUCUUGUUCUAUUAUAACAUGAGAUCAGCCAAACACCUCCAAUUUGUAUUUAGUUGAUAAGUACAUAUUUGCACAUGUUUGUAAAUUAUGUAUUACUCCAUUGUUUGUGUAACAUUUCAAAAUAGAAAAAAAAAAAAACUAUCAGGCUUUUUUUCUCUUCUUAAGCAGUUUUGUAUGGUGCUGGGCUUAUGAUGUUUCUAAGGAAAAUAAAUAUACAAAUAUUGUGUUGGGGUACUGCUUACACAAUUGUUUUGCUUUCUCAUUUCAGGGCCAAGUGCUUCUCAAGUUACACCUGGAUCAUAUUAUAGCCAUAACACUGGUUUGUUUGGACAGUCAACAGCAGCAAACACCAAGCCAACCAACAAAUUUUUCCAGUGCAAGUUUUGUGUUCGUUAUUUUCGAUCCAAAAACCUCCUUGUGGAACAUACUAGGAAGGUUCAUGGCCAUGGCGGUGGAAGUCAAUCACCUGGAUCUUCAAGCUAUAAUAUUAUGAUGCAUGAUGGCUUUGGGAAAGUAUUCUCUUGUCAGUUUUGUACGUACAAGUCACCCAGAAGAGCAAGAAUAAUUAAACACCAAAAAAUGUAUCACAAGAGUAGCCUAAAAGAAACUAAUACAACAGCAGCUUCCCAUGCAGCAUCAGUUCCCAUGCAAAUCCAAGAAGCAUGUAAGGAACUUCCUGCAGAAGUAGUGGAACGUAGCAUUCUAGAGUCAAUGGUAAAACCUCUAACAAAGUCCAGAGGGAACUUUUGUUGUGAAUGGUGCAGCUAUCAGACACCACGAAGGGAGCGCUGGUGUGAUCAUAUGAUGAAAAAACAUCGUGGAAUGGUCAAAAUACUAUCAAGUUUAAGACAGGAUGGGAUGAACAUGUCUGAGCUACAUAAUAAAACUGCAAUUGUUUCCAGUCCAGGUACAAGCUUUAUGCCUCUAAAUAUAGGAACACCUGAUCUAACUAAUGCUAACAUGCCAAGUUACAGGGGCCCUAUAAAUAAUGCACUUCCCAGAGACAAUUCUCCAAAAUAUCCAUCCAUGUCAUAUGUUCCUAUUAAACCAAAACCUUCUUCAAAUGUAGGCAUUAUGAAUUUGUCAGACAGGUCACCCUAUGGAAUUCCAGAUAAGUCAAAUUCUGUAGUUGAAAUGGAUAAUAAUAGCAUGCUUAAUGAUUCUAGUUCUGAUGAAGAUUACAUUGAACUGGAUAGUGAAAAUGGUUUUGGGUCAUUGGAUCAUCCAGGAUUAUCUGGAGAGCCAUUACUGGGAUCAGAAAAUAACAAGUUAUUGGAAACAAAAGGAAUUCCCUUCAGAAGAUACAUGAACAGAUUUCAAUGUCCCUUCUGUCCUUUUCUCACCAUGCACCGGCGUAGUAUUUCUCGUCAUAUUGAAAACAUUCAUCUGUCUGGAAAAACUGCUAUUUAUAAGUGUGAUGAAUGCCCAUUUACUUGCAAAAGCCCUUUAAGGCUUGGGGCACACAAGCAGUGUCAUUCUGGUACAUCACCUGAGUGGGAUUCUGUUAGCACCCUGAACGAAAGUAUGCCUUCAUCCUUAAAUGAAACUUUUGAGAACAGCAGUGUAAAUGGAAGAAAAUCUGCAGUUAUGACUGAGCCUUGCCAACAGUACCCUUACAAGUGCACCAUGUGUAGCUAUUCUACUACUACUCUGAAAGGUCUCAGAGUUCAUCAGCAACAUAAGCAUUCAUUUUGUGAUGACAUGCCUUCAUCGAAUAGCAAUGUGGUACAACAAGACAGUGAACCGGAUUCUAAUUCUAGUACAGUUAAGAAGAGUCAGACAUCUAUACUGGGAUUAUCGUCAAAAAAUAACUUUGUUGCAAAGAUAUCACGGAAAAGUUCAAAUGAUUUUCCAUUAGACUUAUCACCGGGGAAAAAAAGAACAAGAAUUGAUGAAAUUGCAAGCAACUUACAGAGCAAAAUUAACCAGAGUAAGCAACAGGAGGAAGAUGCUGUCAUCAAUGUGGAGGACGAUGAAGAAGAUGAGGAAAAUGAAGUAGAGAUCGAAGUAGAGCUCGACAAAGAAGAUGACGUAUCUGAACCAAUGAUGGAGGCAGGAGAGACUUACACUUUUCAGCAGAUCUGGAAUAGGGAUGGAACUGCAUCCCAAAAAGGCAUGAACUUCAGGAAUAUCCAAAAUUAUUCAUCUUCCAAUGGAGCGGAGAUAGAGCUAACAUUGUCUGAUGAUGAUGAGGAUUAUUAUUACCAGUCAGUAAGCCACCAAGACUCCAAUGCAUCUGUUUCUUUCAACCAUUCUGGUGUUUUGAGUGAGAAUGACCAAAACAAUGAGAGUUCUGAAUAUAACGAAGACUCGGGAAGACUAUAUUAUUGUAAGCAUUGUGAUUUUAGUAACAAAUCUGCCAGGAGUGUAAGUACUCACUAUCAAAGAAUGCAUCCAUAUAUUAAGUUCAGUUUCAGGUACAUCUUGGAUCCCAAUGAUCACAGUGCAGUGUACAGAUGCCUUGAAUGCUAUAUUGAUUAUAAUAACUUUGAAGAUUUACAGCAACAUUAUGCAGAGCAUCACCCUGAAGCAAUGAAUGUCCUCAAUUUUGACCAAACCGAUUUGAUAUAUAGAUGCCGCUUUUGUUCUUACACAAGUCCAAAUGUUAGAAGCCUAAUGCCACAUUACCAAAGAAUGCACCCAACGGUUAAGAUCAAUAAUGCAAUGAUAUUUUCAAGUUAUGUCAUUGAUCGCCAUGAUGAAUUAAGUUCUGAAUCUCAAACCUUAAGAGAAAUUUUGAAUUCUGCUCCAAAGAGCAUGACAACAUCCACUCCUGCUGGACCUGGUUCUAGUGCCCCUGCAACGUUUAGCAAAACUGCUACAAAGCCAUUUGCCACAGAAAAUGAAAAUCAAAAAUCUCCGUCAUCUGUUAAUAAUGUGGUGGUCUAUGACUGUGACGUGUGUAAUUUUGCAAGUCCAAACAUGCAUUCUGUUCUAGUUCACUAUCAAAAAAAGCAUCCUGAUGAAAAGGCUUCGUAUUUCCGUAUUCAGAGAACCAUGCGUAUUGUCUCAGUGGACAGUGGAACUGCAUUAUCACAGCUAGCAUUUGAUGGAGGCUGUUCCAUAACACCAACUACUUCCAAUGUGUUGCCCAGUCAAGAUUUAAAUGCUGAAAUUUACUUUUGCAAGCAUUGUUCAUAUAGUAAUCGCUCAGUUGUUGGUGUGUUGGUACACUAUCAAAAACGACACCCUGAAAUAAAAGUUACUGCAAAGUACAUUAGACAAGCACCUCCAACAGCUGCAGAUAUGAGGAAUGCUGAUAUUCCUCCACCAAGCACACCGUCAAAGCCUCCAUCAUCUUCCCAAAAGAAGGGCUCUUUACAGCAUAGAGAAAAUGAGAUGUUCUUUUGCCAACACUGUGAUUAUGGAAACCAGACCGUUAAAGGAGUUCUUAUCCAUUAUCAAAAGAAACACCGGGAUUUUAAAGUAAAUGCAGAUGUAAUUAGACAACAUACAGCUGCCAUUAGAAGUCUCUGUGAUCAAGGACAAAAGAAGCAAGAAGUCAAUACAAAGUUAUCACCAUCCGCAGCUGAGAAUGAGAAGACAAAGCUUCGAAGUCUCAGGUGUAGACAAUGUUCAUAUUCAACUCCUUAUGUAUAUGCACUAAGGAAACACAUGAAAAAAGAUCAUCCUACCUUGAAGGCCACUGUAACAUCAAUAUUGAAAUGGGCCUUUUUAGAUGGUUUUAUAGAAGCUGGUUAUCACUGUGAAUGGUGUAUCUAUUCUCAUUCAGAACCAGGUGGCUUACUUGAACAUUACCAAAGGAGGCACCCGGAGCACUAUGUAGAUUACACCUAUAUGGCCACUAAACUAUGUGCAGGUCCAGACACUAACCCUACUCAAACAGCAUCAGAACCAAAACCAUAUAAGUGUAAGGAAUGUACAUUUGAAGGACCUUCUAUCUGGGAUAUAAGUAAUCACUAUCAAUCUUUUCAUCCUUGGGCGCUCAAAGGGGAUGAAUCUGUGUUGCUUGCGAUAAUUCGAGAAAAAGAUGCUUCAGAAAAAGCAAAUGCAGAAGAGUUAAUAUCGUCACAGAGUCAACCUCUACAAAAGAUUACAGCAAAUGCAGAACAGGGUGACAGCGGUGAUGAAUCUGGCCUGUCACAUGAAAAACCUUUACAAUCAUCUGUUCACUCUGUGCUUUCUUCCUCCCCAUAUCAGUGCAUGGUUUGCCAGUCUGAGUACAACAACUUACAUGGGCUACUGACCCAUUAUGGGAAAAAACACCCUGGUAUGAAGGUUAAAGCUGCAGAUUUUGCACAGGACAUAGACAUUAACCCCACAUCUGUAUAUAAAUGCAGACAUUGUCCUUACAUUAACACUCGGAUUCAUGGUGUCCUUACUCACUAUCAAAAGCGACAUCCUUCAAUAAAAGUAACUGCUGAAGACUUUGUGCAUGAUUUUGAACCACCUGCAGAAAUUGCUCAGAAUGAAGCAGAAGAAAACAAUCGCAUCUUUAAGCAGGGUUAUGGUGCUUACAGGUGCAAAAUAUGUCCCUACACGCAUGGAACUCUUGAAAAAUUAAAAAUUCACUAUGAAAAAUAUCAUGACCAAACAGCUCCUGAAAUGCUUUCUCAGUUGUCUCCAAAAGAGAUUUCAUCUGUUGACCAAGACACCCUUUCUGAUGAACUUCCACCUCAGACAGUUGUCACACUUGAACCUGGUGAGGUGACAGAAACUGUAAAUUCUAAACGAAACCACUUGGCCCCACACACGGUCUUCAGAUGCCAGCUAUGUAAAUACUUCUGCUCUACCAGAAAAGGAAUUGCUAGACAUUACCGAAUCAAACAUAACAAUGUUAGAGCUCAGCCAGAAGGAAAAAAUAAUUUAUUCAAAUGUGCACUGUGUAACUAUACAAAUGCUAUUCGCAAGGGCCUUGCUGCUCAUUACCAGAAGCGUCAUGAUAUUGAUGCAUAUUACACACAUUGUUUAGCUGCCUCUAGAACCGUUACUGACAAACCUUCUAAAGUAAUCAUUCCUACCCCACCAAAAGAUGACUCCCCUGAGUUAAGCGAAGAGUUAAAAAAGGCAGUGGAAAAGAAAAAAUGCUCCCUAUGUCCCUUCCAAUCCUUCAGCAAAAAAGGGAUAAUGUCUCAUUAUAUGAAACGUCAUCCUGGUGUUAUUCCAAAAAAACAAAAUGCCAGCAAGCUUGGUUGUUAUUUUACACCUGUGUAUGCUGAGGAAAAUGAAUGCCAAAGUUCUGGUGAAGAAAUUCAUGAAUCAGAGGCACCAGUUAUUGAUGCAGAGCCUCUGGAAAUGGAAUUGCUUCCAUUUAGAUGUAUAAAAUGUUUCAAACUCUCUUUUAGCACUCCUGAGCUUCUCUGCAUGCAUUACACAGACCACCAUAGCAAGGAUAUAAAGAGGGACUUCUCCAUUUUGGGUACAACUGGCACCCGAUCCUUGACCACUACAUAUCAAUGCAAACAUUGCGGCAGCAGGCUAAACAAUGUAGCUGAGUUGACAACUCAUUUAAAUUCUCAUAUAGAGGACUUCCAGAAGCGUGCCAAACGUCAAGAGAGGAGGAAGCAGCUCUUGAACAAGCAAAAAAGUGCAGAGACUGCCCUAACAGAUGGAAAACAUGAUAAGGUAAAUACUUUUUAUUUAUUUAUUUUUUUAGCCAAUUUACAUUGAAGGAACACUCCAAGCACCAAAUCCACAAUAGUAUGCUGUAGUGGUUACAAUGCCUGAAGUGCCCUGUCAUUCCCUCCCCCCCCAUCAGUGGAUUUGGGAAAGGUUAGUGAUACAAUUAUUAUGUUAUAUUGUAAAGCACUGUGGAAUCUGUUGGUGCUAUAUAUGUGCCAAUAAUAAUCAAAAUGCGCUUAAGUUAAACAUCUGGGAGACAUAAUAUAUUUAUAUCAUAAUUCUUGUUUACGCAUUUUUGGGAUUCUGUGACUUCUGUUAAAGUUAUAAUCUGAACAGACCACACUUUGUAAAAAUUAAUUUGUACAACCAUAACCUCAUUCUGAAAAUUUAAAUCCUAGAGAUAUUGGCCAUUUUAACAAUCUUGAUUAACUAAUUAACUAUUUUGUUCUAUGUUUCUUUAGUAAUACUACUGUAGAUGUUAUAAUUAUUUUUUUUAAUCAUAUUCAGUGUUUAGAUAUGUAUAUAAAUAAAGGGACACUAUAGGCACCCACUGUAGAUCAUUGAAGUGGUCUGGGUGCACUGCCACAGGUUUCUUAACCAUGCACAGCUAAGUAUUGCAGUGUUUAAGAUACUGCAAAAAUUACCGUUUAUGGUUAACUCCACCUCUAGUGACUGUCUACCAGAAAGCCAAUAGAGGGAUUGCUGGGCUGCAAGGUGACUUUUGGUUGCUUAACUGACGCUGGACGUCAUCACGCUAUACAUGGGGACGUCCAGCGUCACCCAAAAACAUCAGUCAGCGGGGGAGGAGCUAAGGCAGAGCUGUGAGACAUUGGCACUGGACUCAGGUAAGUGACAGAAGGGAUUUUUAAAUCCCAUUCUGCACCACGGGGGAAAAAGUUUGUUUUCCUGGCGCUAUAGUUUCCAUUUAAGUGAUUUUAUUUAUAUAUAUAUAUAUAUAUAUAUAUAUAUAUAUAUAUAUUUUUUUUUUAAAUAUUGUGAUAAAGUGAAGGCAGAUAGGCCUAUAACAUUUAACCCCAGGGGGAGUAUGUGUUGUAGGCAACACAAUCCACCGUUUAAUUAUGGGCCCCUGGGGUGGAGCAUUUGGAGAGCAGGGUGGGCCAAUGCUCCACUCCUCAGUUUAUACACAACUGGGGGAAAUAAUGUCCAGGCCAGAGUUUUUUGGAGCUGUCUCCAACCCACUGCUCAGCUGCAGAUAAUCAGCUGUAGCAGUGGGAAUAAACCCCUCCCUGCUAGGCAGGUAAAGGGGGAUUGCUGGCUUCCUCCCUGGAAGCAGGUAGGAGUGAGGCUGUUCUCUCCAGUAAGAGAGUCAAGGAGACUGAGCACUGGGAGUGAAAAAGGGAAGCAGUCAAGGCUGGCUUGGAGCACUGGGAGUGAAAAAGGGAAGCAGUCAAGGCUGGCUUGGAGCACUGGGAGUGCAAAAGGAAAGCAGUCAAGGCUGGCUUGGAGCAUUGGGAGUGCAAAAGGAAAGCAGUCAAGGCUGGCUUGGAGCACUGGGAGUGUAGAAAGGGAAGCAGCAGGCUGUCAAAAACACUGGAGUGCUGAGAGCUGAAAAAGACGCUAGGUUGGUGAAACCACUUCUUGUUUUGUUAUAGAUUAAACCCUUGAGAGAGAGAGAGAGAGGGAACUUGAUGUCAGUUAGUGCUCAGACCGAGCUAGGUUUUUGUUUAUAGGAUUUUGUUACAUUUUUGUUUUCAUUUGCUGCUGUAGCUGUGGUGGAGUUUGACAAUAAAACUGCCUGGAUUAUAUGCAAACCAAAGGACUGUGCCUGUUGUUUACCCUAGAGGACCGUGCUACCUGCAGACAAGGAUCACAAUAUACAUUAUAUUUUUUUUUAUAUUGUAUUGGUGCACUAUAGUAUCAGGAAUACAAACAUGUAUUCCUGAGACUAUAUAAUACUUGAGACAACCACAGACCAACACCAUAGUUCACUCAGGUGCUGCCCAGUGGGCAUUCUAUCCCUUAUAUUAAAAUCAAGUCUGGUUGAUAAAAGUAUAUACACCCUGUUCCAAAUUAUUAUGCAAAUUCUAUUUAAGUGUCACAAAGAUUAAAUAUUUUGGUUUUCAGUUUAACUCAUGGAUGGCAUUGUGUCUCAGGGCUCUUUUGAUCACUGAAAACAAUCUCGAACACCUGUGAUAAUUAGAUUGCCAGGUGAGCCCAAUUUAAGGAAAAACUACUAAAGGAGGGUGUUCCACAUUAUUAAGCAGAGCACCAUUUUCAUGCAAUAUGGGGAAGAAAAAGGAUCUCUUUACUGCCGAAAAGAGUGAAAUAGUUCAAUGCCUUGGACGAGGUAUGACAUUAGAUAUGUCACGAAAACUUAAGCGUGAUCAUCGCACUAUUAAGAGAUUUGUGGCUGAUUCAGAGCACAGACGGGUUCGUGCAGAUAAAGACACAUUAAGGAAGAUUUCUGCCAGAUCCAUGCAUCAGAUCAAGAGAGCAGCUGCUAAAAUACCAUUACAUAGCAGCAAACAGAUAUUUGAAGCUGCUGGUGCCUCUGGAGUCCCACGAACAUCAAGGUGUAGAGUCCUCCAGAGUCUUGCAACUGUGCAUAAACCUUCUAUUUGGCUACCACUAACCAAUGCUCACAAGCAGAAACGGCUGCAUUGGGCAGAAAAAUACAUGAAGACUAAUUUUCAAACAGUCCUAUUCACUGAGUGCCGUGCAAUCCUGGAUGGUCCAGAUGGAUGGAGUAGUGGAUGGUUGGUGGACGGCCACCCUGUCCAACAAGGCUGCGACGUUGGUGGAGUCAUGUUUUGGGCUGGAAUCAUGGGAAGAGAGCUGGUCGGCCCCUUUAGGGUCCCCGAAGGUGUAAAGAUGACCUUUGCAAAGUAUGUGGAGUUUCUGACGGACCACUUUCUUCCCUGGUACAGAAGGAAGAACUAUGCUUUCCGUAAUAAAAUAAUCUUCAUUCAAGACAAUGCACCAUCUCAUGCUGCAAAGAAUACCUCUGCAUCAAUGGCUGCUGUGGGGAUAAAAGGAGAGAAAGUCAUGGUGUGGCCUCCAUCCUUCCCUGACCUCAAUCCUAUUGAGAUGGUGGGAGGCAGUUUACAUCCAAACAGCAGCUCUGAGAGGCUAUUCUGACAUCUUGCAAACAAAUUCAAGCAGAAACUGUCCAAAAACUCAUAAGUUCAAUAGAUGCAAGACUUGUGAAGUUGCUAUCAAAUAAGGGGUCCUAUGUUAAAAUGUAACAUGACCUGUUAAAAUGUUUAAAAAGUAAAAUUGUUAUACGUUUGAUUGAAAUAGCUUUUGAUUUCAGUAAAUAUGUAUAAUGAUGAUUUUCAGUUUUUUACAACCUAUAAAGUGUUUUGAAACUUACUGUGCGUAAUAAUUUGGAACAGUGCAUUGUAAUUUUUUUUUUUUUAAUGUUUUUAUUUUUUUUAUUCAAUAAAAUUUGAAUUGUACUUUUAAUAGUUGAUAACAUGAGAAUUAUGCUGACUGUUAUUUACAUCAAUUAUUUAGGUAAAUGAGAAAAAUAUAAUUUGCAUAAUAAUUUGGAACAGGGUGUAAUCUGAUCUGGAGAAUAUUCACUGAAAACCUUUUAUUUGAUUUAACUAACCAUUUUGUCUUGUUCCUAGUAAAAAAAAGAUGUUUCUCCCAUUUUGUCUUCUCUAUAUAUAAAUCUUUGAUUCUGUUACAGAGUUGUCAAGAUGUCAUGCCAAAAAAGGAAAAAGUAGUUGUGGGCUACAAAUGUAAAUUCUGUGUGGAAGUCCAUCCUACCCUCCGCGCUAUAUGUAAUCAUCUCCGCAAACAUAUACAGUAUGGAAAUGUUCCACCUCUUCCCCCUGACUUCAAGGUAAUGUUUAUGUAUAUAACACAUAUUUUCAAAAAGGGUAAAAUAUAAUAGUAAUACUGUUGGAGGUGAAAUAUAAUAGAAUAUAUAUAAUAUAAUAUAAUUUAUUUUAUUUUUUUUACUAAAUUGUGGAGCAUUAAAAGAAAGGUGCAUAUUUUAGGCCAAAAUAGCUGAACAUGAUCUCAGCUAUUUGUGUAGCUGUGCUUUACUGACUUAACUAUCCCAAUACAUAUGUCGCAUACUUUUAAUUCCUUGUUUCAAAAAUAAACACCACAGAUUUAUUUAGUAUAUCAUUUUUAUUUUUUACAUUUUGCAGAAGUAGUGAAUAAGCUUAGCUAAAUUUAAGGAGCCCUACAGGUAUGCUAUAAAAUGCCAGAGGUAUGCAUUUCCUGAAAUUGUCUCACUCAAAAGAAUACUAAUGUCCUGUUACCUCUAUAAUGCAGGAUACAUUUUAUUCGGUUUAGUUUGUCAGGGGUUGUGAUAUUUUACCUUUUUAGCAUCACCUUAAGCAAUUAAUGUAUACUGUAUGAUAAAUAAUGUUCUUUUGGGAUAAGUUAAUAAUUUUGUUUUUAAUAGUGUUGCAUCUGUGGGCAUAUGUCUGGCAGGAGCUCUUAAUACCUAGUUUUGUUUGGGUUUUGUUUUGUUUUUUUGUAAUGAGUCUGUAGUUACUAUGUCUGUGAAAUGUUUUCUUGUCACUUGCUCUAGUAGGCAAUUUUAGCAUAAAAAGUGAAGUACCUAUUGUUUUAUUUUUUCCCCUUCUUCAAUAAGGAUGACAAAGAAGAGGUUAGUCAUGUGAAUGAUGACCCAGAAAAAGAACCCAUAGGAGAAAGAGAAGUUUCUGAAGCAGAUACAAAAGAGAUUAACCAGGAGGAGGAAUUAAGACCUGGUGGGUACCCCUGCACCCAGUGUGACCGUGUCCUGAUGUCUAUGCAAGGUCUACGAUCCCACGAAAGGAGUCAUUUGGCACUGGCUCUGUUUACUCGAGAAGACAAAUAUAGCUGUCAGUUCUGUUCUUUUGUCUCUGCCUUCAGACACAAGUAAGUCUGAUUUUUAUUUAUACAUUUGUUUGGUUUAUCAUAUGUGUGCAUUUUACGUUUAUAUCUAACUAAUCCUGCUCUAGAAGGUAACAUUCCAAAAUUUAAAAGAAAAUGCAUUUUUUUUUCAUUGAGUCCAAUGUUUCUUUAUGAGACGCAUUAGCCGUAUAAUGACAUCGGAUGUGAAGAAAGGAAGCAGCUCUAGUGACUCUCUAGACAGUCGCUAGAGGUGUGCUUUCAGCCAAAUGUAAAGAUUGCACUUUCUCAGAAAUGACUAUUUUAUAUAGUUUGAAAAGGGAUAGCAUCUACACUCCUAAACAACUGCAUUAAAGGGACACCCCAGACCUCUAAAGCACUUCAGGUUGCUAUAUAUGUAAAGAGUCUGACCUUUUUUAUAUUUAUUCAUUUAUUUUACAAAAAUGCAGAUUUCUAUAGGAAUUGGCAUUUUUAUAAAUGAACCUUGUUACACCCAGCUGGCUGUUAAUCAGACAACCCGUCAUGUUCCUUCCAGGUUGUUUCGCUCAGUGAGGCUAAACUCGAGGCAUGCAAUGGCAAAAGCACUUGCCUUGCAAAGACUUCUCAUUGAGCUACACUGGGGAGUUUGUGAUUGGACAGACACAGGAAAUCUGGGCUUGGUUGGAAGAGGCAGUCUUGCAAAAGCUUCAGACAGGAGAUCUGCAGCUUUUGCAUGCUGUUUUUAGAUGUAUCCCUAAAAAAAUACAUAAUUAAAUGCAUGCAUGCAGCAUUGGGGUAUAUCUACUAGACAAUUACAUUUUUAAUUAAUAUUUUUGUUUUUAGGUAGUUGAGUGUCUUUUUAAGAUGUAGUGACUGUGGUGCUUAGAGUGUCACUUAAUUUUGUUAAUAAGACCACUCUAUUCUCUAGUUAUUAAAUGUUAAUUGUGUGAGGGGCAAAUAAGGCCGUAUAGGAAAGGGGGAAAUAAGUCGGUUGUGGUGUGCCGGAACCGACGUCGUGAUAGGCCUGUAAUGAAAGAGGGGCCCACCCAUGAGGUGUAAUGAAAAGUAUAAAUUAGAGGGAGUGGAGGGUGGGGACAUGCGAAUCGCUAAAAAUACGUACGGGACGGAGGAAGGUGAGUAGGGGGUUUCAGUAGGGAACAUGCCCCUCCCACAACUGCAGGCCAUGCCUUUACAUUUGUGUGAGGGGCAAAUAAGGCCGUAUAGGAAAGGGGGAAAUAAGUCGGUUGUGGUGUGCCGGAACCGACGUCGUGGUAGGUCUGUAAUAAAAGAGGGCAAAAAAUAGAUGCCUGCCAGAAACUUAAAGCAAUCAACAAAACCUUAAUUGCCUAGCUGUAUGGUAAAUGCCGAGCGAGUAGUUAGGUGCCCGGCACUCUAAAUUGGGCAAGGGGGAAGUAAGGUCUGUUAAACGUGUUGGCCAACUAGGGAAAAACUAAGUGAGGGUAGAGAGGGUAACCAAUAGACUGCAUGAAUAGGUGAGACUUCCUGAGACAAUGCUGCAAUAUGACAAGGUGGCUGUGGGAAAUAUGUGGGACCCCAAGAAACUGUGAAAACAGGUAUAGUGGCUCGACGACUACAUUACAUAGUUACUUAGCUGAAAAAGAGACUAGCGUCCCCCAAAUCCGGCCUACCUCGCAUUUGUGAUUAAAACGGUUGAUCCAAAAGAAGGCGAAAAACCCAGUUUGAAGCGCUUUCCAAUUUGCAACAAGCUAGGGAAAAAAAAUUCCUUCUUGACCCCAGAACGGCAGUUGGAUUUAUCCUUGGAUCAAGCAGUUAUCGCCCUACAUUGAAGGUUGAUGUCCGGUUCAUGAUGACAGACAUGAAAUAGGUCUGAUAGUGAUUGAAAUACUUGGAUGUUGAUGUGAAAUCUGUAAAUUGAAAAUUCCCGGAACCUGAAACGCCUUGAGUGUGGUAAUCUGGUAUGAGGAGAUAAAACUGCGUGUGAAUGAAACCUGUACAACAUGUGAAGUUCUAGACUGGAAAGUAGAGUUGAUGCAAGUAAGAGGUGGCAAAAGAAGCGAAAAAUCAAUCGCAGACAACAUAUCAACAGAGACAGGAACAGGAUAUGUGAGAAAGGAGCCUCAAAGGGGAAGAAAGGUCCUAACACAUGCACCGCGAGUGCUAGAAAAAAGAGAGCCAGACGUGAAAGAUGACGACCACGAGCUCACGAGGAUAGCAGCCCGCGAUCAGGCCCCGAAAUGCCAGGAAUGGUAGUGGCUACGGGAGAGGCCGUAGGCAGAGCCACGUUGGAAAGAGCAGAAGAGGCACAGGACUGAUUGUACAAAAAUAGGUGCAGGAAGUCUGGUUUGGAUCUAGCCAAAGCGGCAGGUGCCAGUUGCCCUAAACUACCAUCCGACAUCGCCCCAUAGACGACAGCAGCGAAGACAACCGGGGGGGGUGAACGGAGAAGAGUGGACUCGUGGCCCCCUCCAGUAACAGCGUAACCCGUGGAGGCAGACAGACACAGAGUACAGCUGACCAGAAGGCUGCCGGGGGGGGAGGGGAGAGCGUUGGGGGGGGGGGAAUAAGUUGACACUCGAGAACAGCAGCGAAACAAGGAAGUGCCCAGGACCCGAAAAGAAGGCAGGAGUAGCCGAAACUCCACAGCGCGAUUAGAACCAGAGCUAGCCAGAGAGCCCGGGCGGAAAAAUACCAAGCCGACACCUAGCAGCGGAGACCUGCUAGAAAAAGAGAUGAAUAAAACCGCGCAUAAGUGAUCCAAUGUGAGUGUGAAAGUGCAUGAAUGUACGUGCUGGCAUACUAGCUAAUGCCAAAAAGGUGAAGCAAUUAAAAUUAGGUUUGGUGACAGGUGAGGCCCUGCUAGACGCCAAGCGGCGAGAGAGGCUCUAUCUACGAGUUUGCGCGAGGGGAUAAUGUGGCCACCGAAACGUUCUGGCGGGGUGUCGGCCUCUCGGUGACAGCUAAACAUAAGAUAGAAUGGGAGUGACAGGUGAGGCCCUCCCUAUGCCACAAUGCGAGGCGACUAACUAUGAUUUGGCCCGAGGGGCAUAGUACCUCAGAGUAUGAGGAUGGGUGUUGGCCUCCCGGGACCACUAACCUAAGGCGAAAAAGCCAGGGGGGGAAUUACCAACUAGUGGACACCUAGGACCCUGACAGCCAGCCACAGCUAACUAAGAGGGGAGGGAAGGUAGUGCGAGAGGAUAGAUUUGCUGAAUGAGUAUCGAAGACGUGAGUGUGAACGAGGAAACACCGCAGAGCCGACCUUAACCGAAUGCAGAGCAAGCACGUCAGUGUCUAGGCAGUAGGUAACAGAAACAGAGUUGGUGUAAACCCCACGGGGGUCACAAGACCCAGUGUGAGUGUGUGUGAGCGUGGGAGUGCUGGCAUACUAGCUAAGGCAAAACAAUUAAAACUAGGUCUGGUGACAGGUGAGGCCAAGCGGCGUGAGAAGCUCUAUCUAUGCGUUGGCGCGAGGGGAUAAUGUGGCCACCGAAAUGUUGUGGCAGGGUGUCGGCCUCUCGGUGACAGCUAAACAUAAGAUAGAAUGGGAGUGACAGGUGAGGCCCUCCCUAUGCCACAAUGCGAGGCGACUAACUAUGAUUUGGCCCGAAGGGCGUAGUACCUCAGAGUAUGAGGAUGGGUGUUGGCCUCGCGGGACCACUAACCUAAGGCGAAGAAGCCAGGGAGGGAAUUACCAACUAGUGGACACCUAGGAGCCUGACAGCCAGCAACAGCUAGCUAAGAGGGGAGGGUAACGAGUGAGAGAGGGGACGUACUGUGUGAGUGAAAAGAGGGGGCGGAGUAUGAGGAAGAAUCGUGGGGUCGCCCGUAACUGGAGGGCAGAGUGAGCCCGUCGGAGUCCAGGUGAUCAGGCUGUAUAGAGUACGCAAGUAUGAAAAAAAAAAAAUGCGCAAACGCGUGUAGAACCCACGGGGGUACUGACACCGCAAGGAAAACUAUAAUGGGAGAAAUUAUCCCUCUAAGUUUUAUAUAUGUAAAUAUUUUCAAAUCUCAAAUUAGCUAAUGUGUCCUAACCUACUCCUCACCCCCAGCACUGUCAUCUAUUUUUUUUUUUUUUUAAUUUUAAUUCCCACUUGCAAAGUCCGGCGUGAGGGUGACAGAUUAGAGUUGUUGGGAGGCAAUACAGUGACAACUGUUUAAGUGAGUGCAGGACAAUGGCGGAGAACAAGCUAGCAGCUCAUUGUAACUGACAGCGACCAUACAGUAAAUAGAGCGAGCUACAGGCGUCGCUGUGCAGCUAAGCGCCCACUAACACAUCAUACACAAUCCCAAUGAGCACAAAAAAAAGGAGGCUCUGUUCAUAUAGAACAAUAAGGAAACAGCCAUCCAGAAGGAAAACAUGGAAACCAUCAGUGUAUAUAGCUACAAUGAUUCCAUUCUAAUAAAAUGAAGUGUGUAUUUUUAUUUUAUUUUAUUUUUCUAAAGGGGGGAAAAUACAACAAUGGGACAUAAAGAGUUAAAUUACAUGAGAUGGUAUGCGGGGCGACAACAUGGGCGCAUUUUAUGUAGCGAGUGAAGCUGUGUAUGUGUGAAAAGCAUUUCACGAGACUAGCAGCAAGCUGAGCUGCCUGCGGAGGUGAGCAGCGUCGUAGCCGGGCCGACUCCACAAGAGCCAGGGCUGAAAGGGGGCGACGUGGAGGACGAGAGGCAGAGCUCCGGAAGGGGAACCAACUACCCAUACCCCGCUCUGCAGCGAAGUUAGCCCGCGGACUGGAACUACAUGAAACGGGAAAUAAAGAGCAGCACUCACCGAAACCACACCACUGCCCGACACGCAACCAUGAUCCCCACGAUGGACAGCACAGCAAAGCACCCCCACCACGGCUAGGUAAGCAGGACCCGCCGACAACAGCCCUGAGAAAAAGACCGUGGACGGGAAGAAACCGGCGAUGGAAAACGGCAGAUCAGGUAAGGAGAACCACAAGGGAGCAGAUGGCGAUCGGAAAUAGCGACAUGCGAAUUGCUAAAAAUACGUACGGGACGGAGGAAGGUGAGUAGGGGGUUUAAGUAGGGAACAUGCCCCUCCCACAACUGCAGGCCAAGCCUUUACAUUUAUCAAUGUUGUUGUCUCCCAUAUAUUUCAAAAGCAACAUUCAUAAAUAUUCCAUAGGCAACUUGUAUUAAGGCUUCAGACCACUAGCAGUAACUUGGAGCUACUCUUUGUGGGAACUUAUGGAGAUUUACUAUGGAACAAAACAAUUCUACUUCACAAGCAUCUGUGAGCUCACACAAAUGUAAAACACAAUCUAAAACUGAAGAUUUUUUUUUUUUUGUAGUUUGCCAUGGACACUUCUAUAAGAGAUGACGAGUGCUAUAUUUCACCCAUACAGAAUUAUGAAAUUUGAUUUUUGUGAGAAAUCUCUAAGGUGCUGCCCACAAAUGGAAUGAACUCAGUUUUAAUCACUACAACAAUGAUGCAAAUAAAAUACUGAAGAAACCAAUGCCUAUGCUUGAGUUACAGUGUACUGUCAACAGGUGUCCAUAGUAGUGUUUUUGUUAAGUUAAUUAUUUGUUAAUUAUAAGGUUACAUGGUGGUCAAUGAAUUCUUUCUUAUUGUACAUUAAUUGUGUGCACAUUCAAAAUGAGAUUUAAAUGCAGACCUUUAUAUCUAAAGCUCAGGAUUUUAGAAUUCCAAAGAUUUAGUGUAAAUAUUUAAUGUACCGCGUCUUUAAGGAAGAUAAACAAGAUUGUUUGUUUAUUUCAAAAGGCAUAACAUGUUUAACAUACCUUGCUUUUUUUUCCUUUGUGCUUAGUUUGGAUCGACACAUUCAGACUCAUCAUGGACAUCACAAACCAUUCAGAUGCAAACUGUGCCCUUUCAAGUCAUCUUACAAUAGCAGGCUGAAAACACAUAUUCUAAAAGCACAUGGCGGUAAGUUGUGCUAUAAUCCUAUGAACCAUAAACCAUAUAUAGCUUUGUGACAGAUGGUAUUGUCUAGGCUUCUCUUUCCAUGCAUCUAUUAUGUCAGAUAUCCAAAUAAUACAUUUAGUUACCACCGGAGAGCUUGAAGAAUAAACUUUAGCAUAAUAUUGUAGUGUUUGAGUUUUCAUGAAACCCUCACUUGAGUUUACCUAUGGAAAAGCCAAUGUAUUGCUUCCUAUUUAAAUUUUCUAAUGACCUAUAUAACAGUAGGUGGGAGUUAUCCAAGUAUUGUUAUUUGGUUACACCCACUGAUAACAGUAUGCAUGUUUAAUUUAAAGGGACUCCCCACACCCCUUGAGUACUUUAGCUCGCUAAAAUGCUUUGUGUGUAUCAUGCUCUCUUUACUAUAUUUUACAAAAAGUUCAGAUUUCAAUAUAAAUUGGCUCUUUUACUAAUUAACCUUGUUACACCCCCUGGUUGACGAUCAGACAACAGGUCCAGAUACUUCCUGGUUUGCUUAGCUCAGUGGAGCUAAACUCAAGUGGCAGUAAUUGCUCAGAGCACCUACUGCAAAGACUUCUCAUGGAAAUCUGUGAUUGGACAGGCACAGAAAGUCUGGGCGGGGUAAAAAGGCGAGGGCUGGCAUAGCCUUUAGGUGAGAGAUAUUAAGCUUUUACAAGCUGCUUUUAGAAAAAACCCACAAUCACAUAAUGCACACCUGUUUUCAUUUGGUGUAUAUCUACUAAACAAUGAUUAUUUUUGAGUGAAGUGUCCCUUCCCAGACAACUAUGGUGCAUGUAUUGAGUAAGGGAAGUGUAAAAUUAUAUGAUGCACUGGAAUGUGUAAGCUUUAUAUGGCUUCACUAUGGAGUAUCACACCUUGUGUAAGGACAGCAUCCCAUGACUCAUUGGACAGAAUGCAAGGAAGACCAAAUGGUUAUGAACAGGAGAUGCCUUUCUGUAGCAGAGAUAUGACCGUGACAGAUCAUACUUUUAAACCUGUGUGUCUCAUUAACAGCUGCAGGGCACAUUUGGUUGAAGUCUUAGAUUCUAAGAAGUUACUAUCUUUUAAUACAAAGGUUCACAUAAUCCUUCCAACAAAAACGCAGAAGUUGGAUCACUGCAAUCAAUGAAAAUUUAAAUUUUUAUUUUUUUAUUUUGCAUUAUUAAAUGUUUUAUUGCAUGUAUGUGUGUUUUAAUUAGAUUUAUCUUUUAGGACUUGUCAUGCAGGACGUAUAAUAUAGAUCAAAUUUAUUUUAGGUACAACCUGAAAUAGAUCAAAUUUAUUUUAAGAAGAUAAUUCUCAAACUUUGUAACAACUGUACUGUAUAUAUACAAUUUAUUUUACACACAAAAAAAAUAUAUCAAAGGUGUUGAAAAACCGUGACAAGUUUUAUUUUUGCAAAUUUACAACCAUUUAAACAAUUUAGAUCAAAACAACAAAGUUGGGGAGAGAGGGGUAAAGUGACUUGGUAAAAUGUGCUAUUUAGCCCCAAUCUUGCCAUUUGUUUCUUCUUUCAUGAAAAUACAUAAUGUAAAUGUUGGUUCUUGUGUUAUUUUCAGGGGAGCACCAUGCCUACAAAUGCUCUUCUUGUUCAUUUUCAACAAUGACCAUCAGUCAGCUGAAAGACCACUCUUUGAAAGUUCAUGGUAAAACCCUACCUUUGCCCCGACUGCGUGCUAUUUCUCAGACAAGCCCACGUGGUAGACAGUCAUCACGGAUUGGGAAGGAAACUGGUCUAGAUGGUAAGUAUUUAUUAUUAAUUUCUCCUUCUUAAUACAACUUGCUUGGUUUUAUGACUGUUAUAUUUGUAAAGUUUACUUUGGUAGUCCAAAUGGUGAUAUUGUUUCUUGUGGUGUAUGCGUAGUUUUACCAUUAUAAUGCAUGAGAUCACAUCUUUUUAUAUUUUUUGUACUUUAGACAGGGUGAUAAGUGUUUAUAACUGAUAGGAUCAACUUUAUUAGUCCAUAUAUUAUUGCUACAUCAUUGAAUAAAAGGGUAACUGUUGAUACUUUUUAUGUGAUACUUAAUAAAAUGUCAGUUGGAAAAUGAUGUGUUAAAGAGACCCCCCAAGCACCAAAACAACUUAAUUUUAAUUGUUUUUGGUUCAUAGACCUGAUCCCUUUUUUGGACCACGUAAAACAUUGCCAUUUCAAGAAAUGGAGAAAUGGAUAUGUUUACAUUCGUCCAUAACCACGCCUGUAUUGUCUGUCAAACUGACAACCACUAGAGGCGCUUCAUUAUUAAGACCUUAAAACCAAAAUGAAGUUCUUAACAUUCACUGUCCUCACACAUUAUGCUUACAUACUAGUUGCUAAUGCAAUUGCCACACAUGUGUCACAGGUCCCCAAUGCUUGAGGAGCAUUGGAGUAGGCCAAGAUGAUCAGCAAUGAUGAACUCCGUAGAGAUGGAGUGACUGCUGCAGGGAGAUUGUCCCAGUGCUGGCUUACAGGCAAGUCCAAUUGCCCUUUUUAAAGUUAGUGUUCCAUUAAGACAUAGAUGUACUCUAUAUAGAAUACUCAUCAGUCCAAAAUAAUGAGUAAGUUGCCAAAGAUAUCUCAUUUGUUCUUUCCUUUUGGGACAGAGAGCAUGCAAUUACACAAAUGGACAGAGAAAGAAAAAAAGAUAAGUGCAGAGAUGAAAACUGAAAAGCGCGGAGUAACGUAACAAAGGAAGGAGAGAAACUAUAAAAAAAAAAAUGCUAGAAAUGGGCAUAUAUUCCUUAUUUGAGGCAAAGCGGAGCACCUGCCUAGCAAUGUAGUCAAACCCAUUUAUGCAGUCUCUUAGCCAAAUCUGGGAAACUAGGUUGUCUUGCCCUCAAUUAAGUGCAAAAAUUUUCCAAAAUGUUUGCCUGCUUCUUGAUUCUGUUAGCAAAUAUUCUAUGAUAGUUAAACUUGGUUCCCCAGACAUUUUUCGAACUUCACUUUAUAGGGUGCUAAGUAAGCCUUCACCAAGACCUGGAGUGUAAGUUUAUACAUAGUUAUUGAAGAUAGUUCAUCUUGCUUUUCAUGUUUGGUUUACUUUAGUUGUAGCACAUAGCUGUAAGCAAAUUUAAUUUUAAUUUCAAAUGUCACUGCUAUCCAAAAAAAAUUUAGUUUUCCUGAACAAAGUAGCCUUAGAUUUUUAUUUUAUCUUUCUUACUUUCUUUUGAUCAGUUUGUUUAAUUACUAAAAUCCGACUAGAAUAGCUCAUUUCUAGUUUUAGUAAAAAUGGUGUAGACCCACAAUGAGAUGACUUUUUUUGUUACAUUUCUACUUGCUGUGAUUGAAGGAGUUUCACUUUCUCUAGUCCUGGCAUGUCAGGAUUCAACCAAACUUUGCCUGAUUACACCUUUACUAAAGGUUCAGCCUAAGCAGAACUUUUCCACAGACUAUUCUACUGUUUGUUGCAUCUUUCCUUCAAGUCCCUCUUAAUAUAUAUUUCAUGUCUGUGUCUAGAAUAACAAAUAUAUUUAAACCCCAUGUUUUUCCAGUCAAAACAUGUCAACUGUAGUUAUACAUGCUGGUUCGUAUUUUCAUCAAGAGAGGAGUCUUUAAAAUAGUCCUCAGAUGUCUGAAGAAGACAAACUUUGUAAAGGUUUAGCAGUGUUCUGCAUUAAUGACACUCUGUAGGAAUGUGGAGCACGAGGAAGGAAAGAGCAGGAGGACAAGUUUAAAGACCUUUGGUUUCCUCUCCAGGAUGUUCCCAUUAACCACUGGACUUUUAUUACCAAAAACAGGAAGCAUGCAUACUAGUGAAUGUAGAGUAAUGGUAAACCGUGGUCCAUCUAACAUAAGGUUAAAAAAUGUUUGUUAGAACAUGUAUGGGAAAUACUUACACGUUAUAGAGAUAUUAAAGAAAAAAAGCAAAAUACUUUUUAAUAAAACGCUAUAGCAUUGGGAAUACCAAUAUGUAUAUCAGCCAGUUAGAUUCAGGCCCCUCCAGAAGUCAUAAAAUAUAGCUAUUUAUUUACCUUAUUUCCCCUACCGCACCGGUCUUGCUGUGGCCGCCACCCCUCCCCCAUUGUUGACAUUAUUAGUAUUGAUGACCACAGCCAAUCCUAUGAGGUCGUUGUGGUGUUUAAUCACCUCAUUCUGACCCUUUACCACUGAAUAUCCUGUUCUGUAGCUCAGCAGUGCAGGACCCCCAAUCCCUGUAUCUCGGCCUUUAACUUCUCCAACAUCAAUUCUUUGGGCAAGGUACUGCCUGUCCGAUUUUUUCAUUUGUUGCAGGAUACACUCUGUAUCUUCUGUGCAGGGAAGCGAGGAGUCUGCUGCCCUGUCCUCUAUAUCGUCCUUUGUGUCACGUGGCCUUCUUGCAGCACCACUUUGUGGGGCGAAGGCAUGGAGACUAGCUGUGAAACCUUAAGCUGCAGCCACCUCUUGGUGCUUCAGUUUUUUUUUAAUGGGAUUUUAUCAUGGCUGCGUAGAUGCUCUCUGCCUAAUCGAUAUUUCUCCAAGAUGGCCAAGCCACACCCCUUAGACUUUUUAUGUUUCAAGCUCUUUCAUUACGUUGUAGAUGGUUAUGUAUGGGUGUCAUUUUUUCACUUCUCAUCUUGGCUUACCAAUUCAUAUCUUAAAUGUUAACCUAUCACACUUUGAAAAUAACAAAGAUACAUGGUAUAAUGAUUGUUACAUGAGCUUUUAUUAAAUUUGGAGUAUACUCCACAGGUGAAAUUUUGUAUUGAUUGUGGUAAAGUUGCACUAGCCAUUUUUGUAUGGUACAGUUAUUUUACUGUGAGAGUGACAAUGUAUUGUCCAGUUAGGUCACAUAAUGCAUUAACAAUAUGUACGCAACUGCACACUACUCAGGGGGUGCAUGGUUUCCAGGGCGGUACCUUAUUUAUACCUCAUGGUAAAUUCGGAACUUUGCCAUCAACUUUGUGGGGCUUACACUACUGAGAUAUUGAUUGGGCAGUUGUUUUAUAUGCUUAAUUUACAUUUUGCCUUUGAAUGAAAGGCACAAUGUUGGCUGUGAUCCUUUAUAUUUAUGUUUAAUUUCAAUUUAGAAAAAUAGUUAAAAUGUAUGGUUUUGCUUUAAUGUUGGAUAAACAUUUAAAGUAGUUUUUCAACAUAUUCAAAUAUAUUUAUCAUACAAAAAAAAUCAAUUUAUUCUCAAAUAUCAAAAUAGUACAAAAUGAAAUAUUUUUGCAUAAUUUUAAAUCAUUUUUAAAUUGUAAAGAGGGUGAAAUAUACAGUGAGUGGAUAUGUAUGGUAGCAGAAACCACUACAAACCACCUGAGUGGGAACCCCUUAUACCACUCUAAAGAAUUAGCAAAAACAAUACAUUCAAUAGGUGGAUUACACAUUCUGAUGUAUCUAAAAGAGACAAAAUAAUAUAGUGCAUUAUUGCCAGUAUAUAUAAUAUUGUAUUGUGUGAUAUUAUAAUAUUGUGGGAAUCAAGUAUUCUCAAGCCUGGAGCCAAAUAAUAACAUAUGGCUCUCAUGGGUAGUGCAGAGGGACUCUUCGUAGGAUGUCCCUAUCCUUCUUCUAGGUAUUCCUUUUAUGAAGUCUUUAGGAUUUCUGGAGUAAAGCUGAGUUGGACAGGCAAGUUUCCAUAAAAAAUGCUUUAUUCAAUUCAAGUAAAAUGGACAAAAAUGUGCAAUGAAAUCAAAUAUAAAUGAAAAUUUGGAACAAGAGUUCAAAUGAGUCUUGGUUUAUCCAAUAAAAGUCCUGCUUGAUGGCUGAUGUAUCCAGAACGCGUUUCGCCCUGUGGUGGGGGCUUCCUAAGUCGGUGUGUGGUAUGGAACUGCCAAUAGGGCAGUUCCUUGGCGUCCUUUUCAAUCAUCUUGUGUAGGUACUUCCGGGUUCGGCUGUCUGCACUUGGAACGCAUUAUGCGUUCCAAUUCAGACGUCAUGCGCUCUCCUUCCGGGUUGCGUCACCUGUGCCAAUUCGGGCUCAUGGUUGACAUUACUGGAACACAUGUCGUAUGACACGUGCAUUCCAUUAGGGAAAUUCUCUGUAUCCGCGAGGAUCGCUGUUUGCGAUCUUAAUUUGGCGGUAUAUACAAAUUGUCAUUUAACACUUGCAGUAUAUAUUUGAGCUAAGCGUACCUUUUUAUAUAGAUAAAAUAUAAUUAAUUAAAAUAAAAAAAAGAUAUAAGGUGGUGUGUUAUUCAUUUUUAAAAAGGUAAUUUGGCUGUCAUAAUCCAAAUGUGUAUAUAGUAAAUAAAAGUAUUGCUCCUAAAUUAGAGAGAACAAUACACACUUACAAUGAAGUGAUAUACAAAUAUUGAAAUAAAAGAAUAUAUCAUUUUUAUUCUUCAGACCACUUAAUUGAGCUGAAGUUGUCUGAGUGACUAUAGUGGUCCUUUAAUUCUGCAGAUGGUGUGGUGUUAUGCAUUUGCUUAUUUUCCUUAUCUUAGAGCUGGGAUGUCACUGGUGGGUGGUAUGGAAAGAACAGUUAGUUUGAUUUCAUUUUGAUACUUAAUGUUUUAAUGCAAAAAUUUGCAUCAAGUGCAUUGACCUAUAUAAAGCACAGACGUACUUUUUUUUUUUUUAAUAGUAACAAUAGUUUGCACAAGUUGGGGGACUAUUGACUUGGAAACAGAACAGGAUUGUAUCAAUAUCUAUUCUACACACAAUUUUUCUGGGUUAAGGAAUAAACAUUAAAUAUUUGUUAUCCUAUAGUACCUAUAUGCACAUACUAUUUAUUUGUUGCUGUAUAUUUUUUGCUUUAAUGGUUAUGAUACCGUUGCAGCAGUGUGGAAGUGGUAGAACUCUAGGAGUUGGCUAUUUGAGCACUAUAAUUUAUGGCAUUUUGGAUCCCCCAACUCGAGAGUCACCAUCUUCUACCUGAUUCCUGCUGCUGGAAAUGAACAGUUAUUGUGCUACUUCCUUUGGAGAUGGUUGAACUUUGCAGCGCUUUGCAAAAAUAUAUUUUUCUGUGCUUUCAAGAUCGUGGGAGUUUUUGUUACCCUGUCAUUUGUCAAGUGCAGGAAGGAUAUAGUUAUAGAAUAUCUGGACUUGUGUCAGAGACUAUAUAGAGAAAGGGUUCCUACUACAGACUGACAGGCUAUAUGCCCAUAUUGGGAUACAACCCUGGGUUUUCUCUCUCCUUUUUGAGUGCAAAUAUCCUGUGAUUAUAUUGCUCAUUAAUUGACUGGGUGAAAAUAGUCACCUUUGGUUUGCUCUUUAGUAUUGUGCCCAUUGGCAGCUUUGGUGAAUAUUUAGGGUUCUGUCUGCUUGCUGCAUUUGUCCCUGAAUCUGCUCUUGUGUUUACUCUGUCUCCCCCACAGUCCUCUGUGCCGUUAACGUCUCCUCUACCUGCUAGUCUGCUUUGGGAUGAGUAUCCAAAUACAUUUUCCCUGUAUUCUUCUGUGAGUUUGGGUUUCUAACCAAGCUCUUCAUGGUUUCAAAAAUUACUUGCCGAGUUCGGACCUACUGUGGACCUCAAGGUGCUAAACACUUGCCUACAUAUAAAAUCGGUCAAAUGCUCAACCCACCGCUCAUUUUACUUAUAAAAAGAAUACUAUAGAGACAGGAACACAAACAUGUAUUCCUGACCCUAUAGUGUUAAACUAUUUAUCACCCUGGCACCCUUUGUCCCCCUUAAAUUUAGUAACCAGAGCUGCAUGGAUCCUCCAGGGCUGGCUCCGCUCAUGCUCUGCCCCCUUGACUGACAUCAGAAUUGAUUAUUCCAAACGACGCCCAGGCCAAUCAGCAUCUCCUCAUAGAGAUGCAUGUAAUCAAUGCAUCUCUAUGAGGAAAGUUCAGCGUCUCUAUGCAGAGUGGAGUUUCUAUUCAGAGAAACUGCUAUGUUUACCUAUGGGUUAAUCCAGCCUCUAGUGGCUGUCUCAUGGACAGCUGCUAGAGGGCUUCCGCGCUUCUCACUGUGAUUUUCACAGUGAGAAGACGCUUGCGUCCAUAGGAAAGCAUUGAGAAUGCUUUCCUAUGGACUGGCUGAAUGCGCGCGCAGCUCCUGCCGCGCAUGCGCAUUCUGCCGAAGAGGAGGAGGAGAACUCGGCGCUGGAGAAAGAGGUAAGUUUAACCCCUUCCUCCACCUAGAGCCCGGCGGGAGGGGGACUCUGAGGGUGGGGGCACCUUCAGGGCACUACAGUGCAAGGAAAACGAGUAUGUUUUCCUGGCACUAUAGUGGUCCUUUACGCUGUUGUUGUUCUGGUUACUAUAGUGCCCCUUUAAUAUCUGUUGUUGGGAAAUUAUUUGAUAGGAAUUCAUUUUGAGCAACAAUAUAAUUAGCAGGAAUUUAAAGGACACUAUAGUCACCAGGAGAGCUAUAGCGUAAUGUAUUUUUUCUCGUGCAUAUAAUAUGACCCUGUCGGCAGUUUAAUGUAAACCCUGCCAUUUCAUUACUCCUUAGGAACACCUCUAGUGGCAAUCACUCAGUCAUGUUACCUCUGCUUGGAGGCUCUAGAUGUUUCUCAGAGAGAUGCAUUGAUUUAAAGCAUCUCUGAGGAGAUGCAUUUCCUAUGGGAAAUCAUUGGAUUGGCUGAGAUCAUCAAUUUUGAUGAUCUUAGCCAAUGAGGCAGAGUUAGCUGCGGUGGACCCAUGUGGAGCUGGUAUAGAUGGUUGGGUUUUUUUUGUUUUUUUACCUGUUUAGCGUGGGCAAUGGGGAGCCAGAAAACUAAAUGGUGUGUUUAACACUGUAGUGUCAGGAAUACACAUUUGUAUUCCUGACACUACAGAGGUUUCUUUAACCCCUUAAGGACCAAACUCCUGGAAUAAAAGGGAAUCAUGACAUGUCACACAUGUCAUGUGUCUUUAAGGGGUUAACAUGGUUUUAUGAAAAACAAGUCAAGCCAGUCAAACUUACCCAGUAAUUGCAUUAUAUGAUGAAGUUGGCAGAAAUUUAGUUCUGAGUGUUCCAGUGGUUUGAUCUACUUGGAUUUUUCUAAGGCAUUUCAUACAGUUCCACACAAAAGGUUACUGUUCUUGUUUAGAUGGAAAAAAUAUAUUGUUCUUGGAUAGAACACUGGCUUAAAAAUAGAGUGGAGAGAGUAGUUGUAAAUGGCAAUUUUUCAAAUAAUUUAGUGAGGUGCCUUGGUUCUGUCAUAGGUCAAAUUUUUUCUUUAAUCUGUUUCUAAAUGAUCUUGAUCAUUGAAAGUCAUGUGUAGGUGUUUGCAGAUGACACAAAUCUAGGCAAGAUAAUACAGUCCGGCAUGAUAUAAUGUCUCUACAGAGAGAUUUGGAUAAAUUGGGGGACUGGGCAGGAAAGUGGCAGAUGAGAUUCAAGAUAGAUAAAUGCAAACUCAUGCAUUUUGGAAAAAGGAACCCAAAAGCAACUCUAUGGACUUGAGUCUUUUUUUUUUUUUUUUGUAACCUAGAUAUUUUAAAAAGGCUUUCCAAACGUUUUCAAAUGAUUCAAUAGUGUUAGAAUCAUUCCAAAUAAUUUAAUUACAAACAUCACAAUUUGGAAAUGAAUCUUAAAUAGAGGCCUUUCUUCAAGUAUUUACAGGAUGCUCCAUCAGUAUUUACCAAAGUGUGGGAUAUCCUGAUAGCUCUAGCCCUCUGCCUCUUUGUUUACCUAUACCUGGAAGACACGCUUUAUCAUGUGUAGUCUUCUUAGCAAGGAGUCCAUCAUAAAGACUUACUUGUCUCACUCCUGCAAGAAUGUGGCUGAUGUUUUCAUCUAACAAAGUGCCCACUGGAUCUCCUGGGUAUGGUUCCAGGUUUGACCUCUGAAAUUCAUCACUAAUGCUGAUUUGGCAAGUCUAACUCUUCCUGUCUCCACUUUGCUGGUGCCCUCUCUGACUGUAACAAAUUAUAUGGAGGUUCUGGGUCUCAUGGUAUUAAAAUGAAAUACCUUUUGCCAUAUCUCAAUUCCUGAAUCCGACCCAUGUUUGUUUUUGCUGGUGCAUGGUUUUAACAUCCAUUAGGAUCUUGAUUUGAGGGACAGUGGGGGGGCUCCAUGGUCAUGGGAUUUGAUCUUAUCUGAAGCAAGGUUAUCAAUAUAUGGCCUAAACUUUAAUAAGUUUUCUAAAAUGAUUCAAUACUGUUAGAAAAAUUAGCAAAUUAGUUAUCUACAAACAUUUUACUUGUAAUGGUCACUCAUGCAGAUAAAUCACUUGGACACAUUUCUAACAGUCUUAAUCAUUUGGAAAACAUGUUAAACCAACAAUUAGGAUGCAGUUGUUCCUUCCUUUUGUCCAUAGCUGGCCAAAGGUAAGAAUAGGCUAUCCAAUGUCUUGGAUGUAAUUAGGCUCCUCAAAUAUUCUAUGGAUGCUAUGAAAGCUUUCAGUAAAUGUGAUUCCCUCUUCGUCCAUUUCUCUGGAGCCAGAAAGUGGCAUUACCCAUUUCCUUGGCCUUCUGGUUUGAAUCUUUCUUCCUUGGCAAAUUUACAGUAACUACUUCCUAGGAGGAAAUGUCCAUGGAGCAGUUUGGCAAAGCAACCAGCAUCCUUCUUGCAUAGAUUUCAGCUACUUGGUCCUUCUUGCAUAGUUUUCCAGCUCUGCUUCACUCCCACCUUAUUUGAUUUCUAUUUCCUGUCCUAAUGUGUUUUAUACCCCACUUCCUAUAGACUGUAGGCUCAUUUGAGCAGAGUCCUCAUCAACCUAUCGUUCCUGUAAGCUUUCUUGUAAUUUUCCUAUUUAUAGUUAAAUCAUCCCCCCUCCCCCUCAUAAUAUUGUAAAGUGCUACGGAAUCUGUUAGCGCUAUAUAAAUGGCAAUAAUAAUAUAAUAGAGUGUGUGUGUGUGUUGUUAGUCCAAUUAAAAAAAGGUAUCAUUGCAUACUGCAAUACUCUGGUAUUUUGACACUUUGUUUGGCAGAAAACUUCCAGCAUCUUUUUCUGUGCCCACCCUUUUCUGUGCUUGGGUUUACCUUAUCCCAAAACUUGUGACCAUAUUAAGAUGAAAAUUGAUUUUUUUAUUUUUUUUUUCCUUACCUUAAGGUGCUAGUGCCUGAUGCAUUUGCUCUUUCCCACUUUCCAUAAUUUUUUCUUUCCUAUUAGAUUCCGGCAGGUUUCCUUCUCCACUGCUUGCCUACACUGCUAACUGGGAAUUUCCAGUGGGAGAGCAGGAAUAAGUCGCCUGCAUGUACUUCUGGGAUUGUUUUUUUUCCAGAAAGUUUCAAGCGUACAUUGUGUACAUAGUGUCUUACUGCUUUUUAUUUUAAUAAAAAAAAUUUAGUUUAAGAUGAAGGCAUGAAUGUAAUAGCUACUGUAAAAUCACUUAUGUGAGCGAAGCAAAUAAUGUAAGAAAAAGGCGGUUAGGCAAACUUUGAAAGUUUAGACCGGAAUGGAAUAUCAUUUUCUUACUUCUCACUUGGAAUUAGUGUUUUUUAUUUCAGUCUUGAGACCAUAUUCUAUCAUUUUUGUAAUUUUUGAUUAGAAGAAUAGUUGUUUCCCAAAGGCCCAAACAGGUGUUACGCUGAGGAAAUCUGCUAAAUUAGGUGCAGUGAGUGUGGCAAAGAAUUGGUUCAUCUCACAACACUACUUAGCUUUUCACCCGGAAUAGCACCUCUUUUGUCUUGAUAAAUCUCAGUUAUAUUUCAAUGAGAAUUAUUGUUAUAGAUGCUUUAUGUUGUAAAAUGAUAGGAAAAAGAUGCUGCUCUGUCCAAAAUAUUGGGUAACAGAGCCAAUCUGUAUUGGUUGAUGCCAUAGAAAUAAUAAAUGUUUGUUUGCUUGCAUUAGCUCUUCAUUUUUGCCACUUAUUUACAAUGGAAAUCUAACAAAUGUAAUAGCAAGAUACACUUAAGCAUAGCAGAGCAUAAAUAGACCAGGUGCAAAAUUAUAUUUAUUCACCAAAAAUUAUGGCUUGAGGCUAAUCACCAGAGAUGGCAGACUUUCCAUGUAAGAAUAAAUAUCUGCAUUUGUUUUAUGUCUGACCAAUCUGGGAUUUUCUUAAUCAUGAUCUCCAUUCCUUUUGUGUGUGUGUGACUCCACAGUAAAUGACUGAUCUUUUAUCUUUUGACACAGAAUCUUCAUAUUCUGAACCACCAGAUGUUCAGCAGCAACUGAAUCAUUACCAAUCCGCUGCCUUGGCUAGGAGUAACAGUAACAGUAGCCCUGCACCUCUUCCUGUCGUGAAAACCUUGGCUGAUCUAAAACAAGAACCAGUUCUCAACUGUGAAUUCUGUGAGUUUUCUUCUGGAUACAUUCAGAGCAUUCGGCGUCACUAUCGAGAUAAACAUGGAGGAAAGAAGCUUUUCAAGUGCAAAGACUGCUCUUUCUACACAUGCUUUAAGUAAGUGAAGACUAAACAAAACCCUGUAAUAAGUGAAAGCAUGCUGCUACAUGUUCCCCUAACUCAUUCCACAAAUCUGGGGCUGCUUCACAUGUGACCUUUAUGUUCAAGGUUCUUUUGUUCUUGAAAGCCUGUGUCCAGUGGAGAAGGGAGUUGCAUAGCUCCAAGAUUCCUUAAAGGGACACUCCAGGCACCCAGACCACUUCUGCCCAUUGGAGUGGUCUGGGUGCCAACUCCCACUACUCCUAACCCUGCAAGUGUAAUUAUUGCAGUUUUUUAUAAACUGCAAUAAUUACCUUGCAGGGUUAACUCCACCUCUAGUGGCACUUUCAAUGCUUUCCUAUGGGGAUCUUUAAUGCGCAUUAGGUCUCCCCGGCCGGUGGGCGGGAUCAGUCCCGCCCUCCGGCCGACGUAAUACAGAGGAGGAGCGGCAGCGGAGGAAGAAGCAGCGACGUGAGACAUGUUGCUGCCUCUGGUAAGUGACUGAAGGGGUUUUCACCCCUUCAGCAGUCGGGCAUUGGGGGGUGGGAGGGGGCGGGGACCUGCAGUUCCAGGAAAACUGAUUAUUUUCUUGGCACUGGAGUUUCCCUUUAAGAAAAUUGUAGUGGGAAGAAAUAUUGCAUAUAGACAGGCCUUUUUUGAACAAUUUUGGUGACUAAACACAUUUAUGAAUGUCAAUUGAAUAGAAUUUUAAUGGAUUAUUACAAGCACAAAAACCUUUAUAUUUUGUUUUGCAUGAUGAAAAUCAAUGCGUAAAUUAGCAGGAAACAAAUAUAAAUUAUUAUGAUCCCCCCCGUAGUUUAGAUAAUGUUGUGAAUUGUUUUUAAUUUCUAGUAGCUUUUUUGCAUGUUAUUAGAAUUCUGCUCAUCAUAACAGUCAUACUAUUUUGUAGCAAGCCAUCAGCAUACAGACUUUAUUGGGAAAAAAUAAAGUGUUAACGUGAAACUAUAGGCACAAAACAACUAUAUCUAGAUUACUGAUGCAUGGUGUUUUGGUGUCAGGAAACCCUUGGAGACACUUUUAUCUCAAGGGUUUAAACCGUUCUGGAAUGGUUUAACUCUAAAGUUGCCUCCAGGGCGAUCUCCACUACCCACCUGCCGGCUUCUGAAUUUUAAGAUUCAUGAAGCGUGGAGUGCCGCCGGGCAGGGGCGCCGCUGAUUGUGUGAGAGUGGUCAGAUGACACUCCCAGCCCUUCAAUGACUCCCCAUUCCCUAAACUGGCUUGCAAAAGGAAUGUUUCUUUGCAAGACAGUUUAGUGAUUGGAGAGCCACUGAUUUGGAGAGCAUCAGCUGACCACUCUCAGCCAAUUAGUGGCGCCCGUGCCCGGCGGGACUCCACGCUUCCUGAAUCUCAAAAUUCAGAAGCCACCAGGAGGAUAGUGAAGUCGCCGCUGGAGGCAACUUAGGGGUUAAACCGUGUAACGGCACUCCCAGGCAUAAAAGGGUUAAACCGCCGUUUAGUAGAUCUUCCCUUCCAAAGACACUGGCACAGCUACUGCAGAACACCAAUCCGCCGAACAGGAAACCAUAUGAAUGCCGUAAACAGCCGAAUAGGAAAAACCAUACGAAUAGGUUUACACUCCUAGUCGAACUGGAACAGCAUACAAUAAAUCCCCCAAGAACGAGACAAGGCUCCGUUUUGAGGGUCAAGCAGGAACAGACAGAGCUGUGGGUUUAUUGUUCUUAUAUACACAUUAGUACCACCCACAGGGUUUUGGAAAACAACCAAUAAACACGUACAAUACACUCAGACACUCCAACGCAAAAUCCUCCCCUCUGCCUGUGAUACAAUUACCUUACACAAUGGAUAAUGUAAUUAUCACAAGCAGAGAAAUACAGUUUUUCCACAUUAUUCAUAACUUUAAAAGUAUGCAUCACAUUCACAUUCAUAGCUUAGGUCUGAGCGCACAUUAUUACUGAAUUGCUCUCAGACCACACACAUACAGUUCAAUUGCCAUGGAGCUAAAGUCUUUUAUUACACGAAUAGGCUCCAUGGCAUAGCUAUCUGGGUUAAAUGAGUUCAUUCAGUAAAUCCGAGAAUCUACCGAACACCAGAGCAGAAAUACAUGAAUAGACCUUUCUGCAUAGGGAAAUAAAGUAUUUAAAUGCCGGUCCAUAGUCAAAAGGCAGCAGGCAUGCAACCAGGCUCCUCCAAUGCACAGUGGCGAGAUUGGUCUCUUCACAAACCGUUCAUGAACAGUUUAACCACUUGAGGUAAGAGUGCUUUCUGGCACCAAAACAACUUUAUUUACAUUAAGUUGUUUUGGUGCCUGGAGUGUUCCUUUACCUAUUCUCAAUAAUUUAUAUGAUCAAAUGCUCCUCAGAUUUGCUCGGGUUGACAACAAAGGCUACAUUAAAACUGUUUUGAAAGUUUUUUUUUUUUUUUUUCCAGUGCUUUUUUGUGCCUAGUUUAUUCACUAAACGUGUAAAAUGUAGAAAAAUGAUCAGCCAGCAAAAACCUUUUUUAGACACUUCCUUGCAUAUUUCAAUAAUAAAUCCUGCAUUUUGUUUGCUAGUUCACUAUAAUUCCCGUUUACAAAUAAACCAUUUAAGAUGUUUGAAAAGUUAUUGCUGAAUAUUAAAUAUAAUUUGGAAAACAUGGCAAACACAAUCCAAAAAAGCAACAUUACCCUCUUCUUAAAAAAUGGCAUAGCUAGCUAUGUAUAUAAAGAUAUACAGACACUCUGUGCAAUUUCACUUUUUGAUUUUGAUGCAAUGUAUUUAGACAUGAUAGCGUUUAGACCUGGUUCUAUUGAAAUAUCUCCCACUGUUAUUGCAGAUCAGCGUUUACUAUGCAUGUUGAAGCUGGGCAUUCAACAAUCCCCGAAGAAGGACCCAAAGAUCUUCGCUGUCCGUUCUGCCUUUACCACACCAAAUAUAAACACAACAUGAUAGAUCAUAUUGUUCUACAUAGAGGUAAAUCCUUUGUUGCUUAAUUGUUGUAUGUUAACAAAAUCUUUAAUUACUUUUUUGUUUUUAUCAAACAGAGAGCUUUAGUGCAAAACAGGGGUCGACAAAAGGUAAAUUAUUAUUAUUAUUAUUAUUAUUAUUAUUAUUAUUAUUAUGAAAGGGUGGAUGUUAAAUUCAUAGAUUACUAAAUAAUUACAAUAAAUCACAUAGUUAAAGCUACAGAUAGUAUACAAAGAAAUAAAAUGCCUAUCUUGCUUACAUAGACGUGACUUUAAGUUAAGCAUUGGCAAAGGAUAAAAAAAAAGAAGGGAAUAGGAUAAGCAGAAAGAAAGGAAGCAAGGGUGGUAAUUGAAGGGGACAGUGGGAGGAGGGGUAAAUGAAUGGUGAUGGUAAUGUGUAGCUGAUGCAACAAGGGGCUGGUAGUGUGGGUUAUCACUUGCAUUAGGUUGAUACCAAACCAUCAGGAUUUUGUUAACCUGCCCAACAUUGUUGUGAACAUGGGCAAAACCUGCAGAGGCACUCUAGACACCAUAACCACUAAAGACCAGCAAUUUUACUGUGAUUGCCAAGCAAAGUUGAAAAAAGCUAAUGUGGACAUUUUCAUUGUUGCAUUCUGUAGAAUUCUUCAAGUGUCCAAAGAACACUAGUAUUUCAGAGUCUGAAAUUAUCUUUUGAAACAGUUAAUGGAAAAUAUUCUUAUGUUUUUUUGUUUGCUUGAUUUUUUUUUUUCUAUUAAAAUGUGGCUAUUUUCUCACAUGGGUUUCUAAUCUUUUAUCUUGUAAGUGCUUAAUUUAGUUUGUGUCUGCCUACUGUACUGUAACAGGAAAUAUACUGGCAUUUACCAAAUUCGGUAAAUUAAAUUUUUUUUUUUAUAUCCUAUACUUUAAAUAUAGUGUGGGUGUGGGAAAAGCAAGUCUUGACUGGUGUGCAGAUUUUUGUUUAACAUUGUAUUAACUAUCCACAGACUUCAGGUGGAAGGGGUUUUCAAUCACAAUUUUUCCCCACCAUAACCUAUUUGGAUUUUGCUACCCAAGCCCUACCAAGCCUCAAUAAGCAAACCAGUAACCAACCUAAUACUGAUGAUUUGCAUUAACAAUGAAACCGCUGUCCAUGAAUGGUUCACUGGUUUUGCAUCUUUCCCUAAGUUGUAUUUCAAAGCUGUUGUAUACAGCAAACACAGAUUCAAAGGAAUCCAUGUUUAAAAUGGAAUGAGGCAAAAAUUAGAUUCUUUGAUAAACUUAUUUGCAUAUGCCCACCCAGAAUCCUUUGCAGUAGUAACAUCACGUCAGAUUUGAUUUCUGUGGGAAAAGCAAGUCUUAUGGCUUGACUGGUGUGCAGAUUUUUGUUUAAAAUUGUAUAAUAUAUAUAUUUUAUUGGAUUAGCCGUAUUAGUCCAGUAGACAAGAUGUCAAAUUACCAGAGUAUUGCAGUAUGCAAUGAUACCUUUUUUUUUUUUUUUUUAAUUGGACUAACAUAAUUUUUCAAGUUUUCGAUUGCUUUCCGCUCUUCUUCAGGUCUGAAGCAAUACUGAUCAAUCUGAUAGUGUUUAACACUUAAAACAACUGAUGUUAGAGAAGGGGAGGUGAGGCCUGACAGUUUCUUAUUAUUUUUCCUAAUGAGACUCUGUUCCUGUAGAAGUAAUCCAUUUAUAUUUCCAUUGCCUUGGUUUCGGAUGUGACUUGUUGAAAAUCUUGAACGAAGGUCUCCUUAUGGCCAGGCAGAGUAAAUUUUGUUUUCUGCCAUAUAGCUGGAGAAUUUUUUGUUUAUUUUGCGUAGUUUCUCACUGCAGAGAUUCUCAGCGUAUGGUGAGUAACUCUAUUUAUGACACCCCAGUCACCCCCCCUUCUCUAAUAUCAGUUGUUUUAAGUGUUAAACUCUAUCAGAUCGAUCCAAUAAAAAAGGUUUCAUUGCAUACUGCAAUAAUCUGGUAUUUUGGCAUUGUGUGUGUGUAUAUGUGUGUAUGUAUAUGUAUGUGUAUGUGUGUGUGUAUGUAUGUAUAUGUAUAUAUAUAUAUAUAUAUAUAUAUAUAUAUAUAUAUAUAUAUAUAUAUAUAUAUAUAUGUGUAUAUAUAUAUAUAUAUAUAUAUAUAUAUAUAUAUAUAUAUGUAUAUAUAUAUUUUUUUUUUUUUAUUGUUUUUACUUUUUUUAUAAGAUCUAAUUAUAGAUUCACCAAGGAAAUAUUUUAAAAAAUAAAUUGGCUGUUAGGGUUGUCAGUGGACAAGUAGUAAAAAAAAAAAAAAAAAUAGUAUUUAUAAACCGCUUUUAGCUGUAUAAUCUGAUAAACCUAUUUAACGGUUGCUAUACACCCAAGCAAUGGAUUUGAAUAGCCAAAAAUGGUUGAACACAAAGUACAACUAUCAUUAUUUUUUCAAAUUUGAUAUUAUUUGAACCGAAAAUUAUGAGCUUCUGAUAAGCCUUUAACGUUUGUAAUUAAAUCGAUCUGAUCCGUUAAAUGGUUUAUGAGGAACCAAUAAACAUAGUCUGCUGGAAUUGCAUAGAGGCCAUUGUUGGCAAUUAGCAUUUGAAUGGUAAUCAAUCUCUUUUGUAUCUUUACUCCACUCCCUGCGUUGUUACUCUGUGUAGUUUACACAAGAAUGUGUGUGAAAACUCUGAUUUGUCAUAAAGUUUUUCAGUUGUUUUAACAUUUUCCCACUCAUUUGUUAAAUAUCCUGCAUUGUUGGAAGUUAAAGGGUUACUCCAGGCACCAUGACCUUAUGUGAUUUGAAGCAAUCAAUGUGACUUGAGUCUCUGUGUCCAGUGUUUAGCUAUGAAUCCCUGUACAUACAAAGAUGAACCAACCCCUCUGCUGCUGGAGGUGUAACUCCACCUCUGGCAAAGUAAUUAGGCAUCAUUAGCCAGCUGGGAACAAGAGUUCUGGGCUUGUUUUUGUGAAUUUGGUGCAGAUUUGGCAUUUGAUGCCAGCAGGCUUCAGACAGCCAAUGACUACAUGUCCUCUCCCCUUUGGGUUGCCCAUAUCCUCCCAUCAGUCUGCCCCUUCUUAACCUUCCAACCCCUCCGACUGAGAGGAGAACUUUGCCUCGGUGCCGAAAUAGAGGUACAUUUUAGCAUUAUUUUUAUCUGUUUACUGUUUACUAUUUUUUUUUUUGGCUCCGUCACUCCAUACUUGCCUUUCUCCAGUAGUUUCCUCUUUUCUUUCUCUUGUCUUAUUUAUUUUUCCAAUGCUAGACAAAGGGUGGAGCUUAAGGAAGCUGCGCUUCCAUUGUCUAGUAAACGUUUCCCACAGUGCUCACCUUUCCAUCCAUUCCUUCCCUCAUAGCAUCUCAAGACCAUAUCAUCAUUUUCCAGUGUAACGCAUAUCCAGUACUCACUACCGAUCCACUCUGUCUCCUCCUUUGCAUCUCCACAAUCCGUACAUUGCUAAAUAUGGUCAUGGGGCAUCCAUUAUGGACACACGUGAUUGUAUAGUGCUAGUCUCAAGUGUGCGUGGGAAUUAAAUCUCGUCACAUACUCUGGGCAGUGGAAGGCCGUGAUAUUGCAUCACUUUCAGUAAUUAGAAGAUAGUGGUGCCAGGAAUGAGGUUCCAGUGCCUUCAAGUAUAGAAGGUAAGUUGGGGGAAAAUUGAGUAAAAUAAUUACAUUUUAGAGCUGUUACAAGUCUUAGUGUGUGUGUGUGUAUGGAGGGGGAGAGGGGUUGGACGGGGAGCCUAGAAAAAGGAUAUGGCUAUGAUAGAGCUGCAUUAAAUCGGUACAUGCCAGUCUUUUGUAAAUAUGCGCUAUUGUUCUAAAUGCAAAAACUUGUGGUUGAUCUUAAUUGUAAGCAAUUUAAUGGAUUGGGAGUUAACAUAUUUAAAAUCUAAUUUCUAACAACCACUUGUAGGACUUCAAAAAAAUGUGUGAAAUGAUUUGGAUCAGUGCAUUUAAAAUGGCAUCAAAAGAUUCAAACUGGCCAUUAUCUUUGAUAUGUGUAACACCAAUAACUUAAGGUGUUGAUUACAAAAUUAAAAAAAAAAAAAAAAUUGAUGAAAUUCAUUAUUUUACUUAAAGGACCACUAUAGUGCCAGGAAAACAAACUUGUUGCGUCCAGCGUCUUUUCACUGUGAUUUUCACAGUGAGAAGUGCGGAAGCGCCUCUAGCAGCUGUCAGUGUGACAGCCACAAGAGACUGGAUUAACCCUAGUUUACUAGAUGGACCUGGCACCCAGACCACUUCAUUGAGCUGAAGUGGUCUGGCUGCCUAUAGUGGUCCUUUUAAAGGACCACUAUAGUGCCAGGAAAACAUACUAUUUUUCCUCAGGGACCCCCUCCCGCCGUGCUCUGGGGAGAGGAAGGGGUUAAAAUCUUACCUUUCUGCAGCGCCGGGCGGGGAGCUCUCUGCCUCUUCUCCUCCUCUUCGGCUGAAUGCGCAUGCGCGGCAGGAGCUGCACGCGCAUUCAGCCAGUCUCAUAGGAAAGCAUUCAUAAUGCUUUCCUAUGGACGCUGGCGUCUUCUCACUGUGAUUUUCACAGUGAGAAGCACGCAAACUCCUCUAGCGGCUGUCAAUGAGAUGGCCUUUAGAGGCUGGAUUAACCUAUUUAUAAACCUAGCAGUUUCUCUGAAACUGCUAGGUUUAUAAAAAAAAAAAAAAAUGGGUUAACCCUAGCAGGACCAGGCACUCAGACCACUUCAUUAAGCUGAAGUGGUCUGGGGUUCUAGAGUGGUCCUUUAAUGCCAAUCCCUUUUUGGCCACUGACAUGUGAAAGGUGAAGCAUUUGCUGAUUUUGUUUUGUUACUGGAGGGCACUUGUAUUGUUAGCAGGUGGUGUAUUCGCUUGCAUGUUAUCUAAUGACAUGAGGAUUUCUCAUGUGGCUGUAGUAUCUCUUGUGCAUAGGGUUGUCAGGGUGGUUGACGGUUGUAGUAACAACUGCUUCAUAGCUGAAUGUAACAAACAUGGCAACAAUCUUCUGACGAACAAGUGUGUUUUUUCUGAUAUUACAGCACAAAUAGAGAUUGGCCCUCAAUUUGAUUUAUCACAUGAAUUUAUUUGGCCAUCAGUAAGAUAUGUGUGCACAGUAUAAAUAAGUAAAAACAUAUAUUUCAGUUCAAAUUGUAUAUUUUGCAAUGUGUAUUUAAUGUUGGAUAUUUCAUUUAAAAUUAUUACAUUGAUUAAAAAAUAAAAAUAGCUUUAUUUAGGGUAAAAAUCUUCAUUAUUGGGUUUUGUUUCACGAGCCACCAACAGUAGGACAUGUUAGACACACAUUAUGUAGAAUGUUUGUUAGGUUACAGUUGGUUAUACUAGGUAUUUGAUUUUAUUUAUGAUUUAUUUGAAAGGUUAAAGAAUAGCCCCAAGCUGCACACUGCCCUCCCACUCCAUGCACAGUAUAUCCAACUUUAAACAAUUCUUGACAGUAUGGCAAACCAUUACAUAUAACUGUAAUAUGAGUUUUAGCUUAGCCUGCAACACUCAGAAACCAUUGCUGUGCUGAGUAAUAUGAGAUAUGCUCACCAGUCUUAGAAAACUACACAAGCGUUAGGAUUGGCUAGGUCAUUUCCUGGUUUUGUGAGACCUCUUUGUUUGUGAAGUAAUAAUCUAGAGGAAAUGCACAUUUCUGUAAAACAGAAGUGCACACAAAGAAGUUUAUUGCAUAGUUUAUAGCCAAAUCCAAAGCUAACUAGAUUAAAAACACUAUUGUUUAUUAUAACUGUUCUUGUACUUUGUAUUUCACUAUAUAAAAAAUCUAUUUAAAACAAACAUUGCAACACAGUUUAUAACUCUCCUUUUUUUUUAACUUAAUUUUAAUACAACAAGAAAUGGCGGUCAUUUAAUUUGAGCAGUCGCCAUAGAAGACAAUAGGAUAAUAUGUUUCUGUAUCAGAAAGCAUCAAAAAUGAGGAUUGCCUUGCCUGUGAUGUUAUUCCCAAGCAGGGCCAAUUCCAGCAGACUGUAGGCGGUAAUAAAAGGGUGGAUAAUAUAGCACUGGAGCAAGGGGCUGCAGUUAAGGAAAGGGAAGCUCCCAAAGCAUAUACAUUUUUAAUUCAUGAUAAGCCUUGUAAACUAUAGCAUGACAGGUUCACUUUAAAGAAACACUAUAACAGUAGGAAUACAAAUAUGUAUUCAUAAUGCUAUAGUGCCCAAGUCACCGUUUAGAUGGCCGGGCCAGCAUUGCCAUGGUUAAAUAAAGUAAACCUUUUCUCCUCGCUGUGUUGGUCUCCUUGCUCAAGCUCUGCCUGAUAAUCACAGGUACAACUCAGGUAAGUAAGGGAUGGGGGAAAGGCAGCAGGGACACUGGAAAACAUGGGGAUACUGAGACACUAGGGGACCCUGGGAGACAUGGGGACGCUGAGACACACGGGAACGCUGUGAGACAUAGGGAGACAUUGGGACACGGAGACACUAUGUCCCCCAGUCAGUGUCCCUAGUGUCUGUGUCCCAUGUCUCCCAGCCAGUGUCCUCAGUGUCUCCAAGCCUCUGUGUGCCUAGUGUCCCCGUGUCUCCCAGUGUCCCUAAAUGUCCCAGUGUCCCCAUGUCUGUCCACAACUGUCUCCUAGUGUCCCCAAGUGUCUGUCUCCCAGCCAGUGUCCCCAUGUCUCACAGUGUCUGUUCCAAUGUCUCUGUGUCCCUAGUGUCUUAGUGCCCCCAAAUGUUUCAGUGUCCCCAUGUCUCUGUGUCUCUAGUGUCUCCAUGUCUCCCAGUGUCCCCAUGUCUGUAUCCAGAAGUGCUCCCAUGUCUCCCAGUGUCCCCAAGUGUCUGUGUCCUCGGGUCUCAGUGUCCCCGUGUCUCACUGUGUCCCCUAGUGACAUGGGGACACUGAGAGAAAUGGGGACACUGAGACACUGGUAGACUAGGGGACUGGGCAACAUGGGGACACUGACACUGUGAUACAUAGGGACACUGGGUGACUUGUGAGACGGAGACACUGGGAGCAAUCAAUCUAUACAGCAGAAUCAAACUGUGAGUAGUUUGUUGGUGAUUUUACAGAAUUUUCUCGUAUGUCACUCCUUGUGAUUUACAUCAUGCAUAACUAAUUAAUUAUACAAAUGAUUAAGGCUGAUAUUUUUUUCCCAAGAAAGAUGGCAACCCUAACUACUCUGCACAUACUCUGGCAUGGAGCGAGCGCAUCAUUAGACGCAUUUAUGCCAAGCUCAGGGUGCUGCCUGCAUACUAUGCCCUGAGUUGGAAAGCCUGCAUGCUGGCAUGCAGCCUGACAUGCAUUCAUGCCAGGCUGUCCUUCAAAUUCUUUGGACAGACAUGACCUCUUUCUGGGCAUGUUCAAGCCUUUUGGCAGUUCUGGUCACGUGAUUCGCACCAGUGGCCCAUCCUUUUACCCUGCCCAUUGACUUCCUGCUUCACUGGACACUGCUGUUAGGGGUUAUGGAUUUACUUGAAAGAUGAAAGCAUAAAUUAGAUAGAGAUUAGCAUGGGGUGUGUGUUUUCUUAUAGCUGCAUCCUAUGAGUUUCCCUCCAGCACCAUCUCCAUCAGAUAUAUGACGCUUGGGAGGUAGGACUGUUUUUUAGUGUUUUUGGUCGAUAAGAUUCCGUAAUUAGGCCCAUUAUAAUUGUCAGCACCAGGCCCACUGGGAACUUAAUCUGGCCCUGGUUCCUUUAACACCAUGCCAAAUCUUGAAGUAGUUGUCGUGACAUUUAUUUAUUUCGUAUUAAGUAUUAAUAGCACAAGCUUUGUUUUUUUUGGUUUCCUUUCUGAUACUUCACACCUGCAUGACAACCACAUGUUUCAAGUUUUGUUUAUGUAAAUGACGUUUGAUAGAUUUGCAGUGCAGUUUAUUUUCCUCAUUGCAGAUUAUGUACAAAAAAAAGUCCUAAAUACAAGCAAAGUUAAUAUACAAUAAAAGGAUAUCUGCCUCUGGUGUUCAAAGUGUCAUAACCUUGUGCUUUACGUCAAGAUCUGCAGUAACAUAUUUGUGCCUUCCUUACUGUAUUAUCAGUAAUAAGCAACAUUUGACAAACUGUGUUUGGAAGCUGAUUUGGCCGGUCAAAAUAUGUGUUGUAACAAAAUAGUGACUAUAUAGUUAAUUCAUAUUGUGGAGUGGGAUACGCUGGGGGGUUGAUUUAUAGUUAGGUCUGUGCUAUAUGAGAUUGUAUGUGGCUUAACUUUCACCUUUCUUUCAGAAGAGAGAGUUGUUCCAAUAGAAGUCUGUCGAUCCAAGCUAUCAAAGCAACUGCAAGGUGUCAUAUUCCGGUGUGAUAAAUGUACUUUUACCUGCUCCAGUGAUGAAAAUUUGCAGCAACACAUAGAGAAGCACAAUGACUUGAAACCCUACAAAUGCCAGCUCUGCUACUUUGAAACCAAGCAAACAGAGGAGCUAGACAGCCAUCUCAGAGAGGAACAUAAGGUAUAUACUGUUAAAUAUGAUACACAAAUAAGGACAGAUGCAAAGUUGGCAAUUUAAACUCCCCAUGGAAAGAACACCAAGAUAUAUGGGGCACUAUUGCAUCAUUAUUUUCAAACCAGCAUUAUUAACACACUUUAUAGCACAAGUGGAUGCAUGGCUCCUAAUUUUGUUGUAAAAUGACCAAUAAAACAACCAUGAAUUGGUCUGCUGUUAACCUCCUAUAUGAAUAACCUAUUAUUAUCACUUAUGAGUUUAAGUUUUUAGUAUUAAUGGUGUAUGCGGUCUAGGAGAGGAUCCACGAGAUUCCAUAUUCACUGUCCUUACAUGAUGUAAUCUACUGUUCCUCAAAAUAAGUAAAAUGCAUAAGUCAUUCACAGUGAACACCUAGUCAUUUUUGUAAUCUGUGAGAGUAGAUAAUUAAAAGAAAAAGAGUGGAAUUGGAAAAAAUUGUUCCAAUUGUUCAUGGGUUAAAAUUCCCAUAAUUCUUUCAGGCAGAAAUACAAUAAUUUGUUGGCAUCUUCUUCAGAUCAGUACUCUAUUUUUCUGCUUGAGGUUUAUGUUCGACUAAACUCUCUCAAAUUCAAAAAGGUAACUCACAGUACGUAAUUGAAAUAACAGACAUCCUUUCUUAGCAUAGUCGGACUCUGUUGAUGAGCUUGGUGACAGCUUGAAUUGCAGGUGGCUCUCCACAUUACAGAAAUAACUUGACUGCCACUACUGUUAACAAUAUUGGUUAAAUACAGUCUUUAAAAUUUUAAUAAUGAGGGAUUAACAUUCAAAUAACAGAAAUUGGCGAUUUAAUGCUAUGUUUAACUCCUUAAGGACACAUGACAUGUGUGACAUGUCAUGAUUCCCUUUUAUUCCAGAAGUUUGGUCCUUAAGGGGUUAAAAGCAAUUUUGGAAAAAUGUAACACACGCAGAGUUUCAGUUUAAUUAUUUAAACAUUUUGCUUCCCAGAGACCGAUAUUACACCCUCCACUAAAUCCAGACAUAUGUAUUGUUGGGGAAAAAGAAUUGUAUUAGUGCUGUUCUUUAGGUUGCAUUCAUGAACAUACAAUUAUUUGUACCUACAUUUAAACAAUGCUGCGUAAACACACCAAGAGUUUCCAAUCCUGUCUAUAUUCUCAGAAAAAUCUUCUAAAACUAAUGUGUGAUUUGGAGAAAAACCGAGUGAAUCCCAUGUUUGCUAGGAGCACUUCAGGGCCAAUUAUGAAUGUAAGGGCAUCACUGAUUUUUUUUAAUUUUUUUAAUUGGUUUCUUAAUGUAGGUAUGUCGCAAUUUUGAACUGGUCGGACUAGUGAAUUUGGAUCAGUUGGAACAAUUGAAAGAUAAAAAUGAGACUUUAAGCAGUGAUGAAGAAGAAGCUAGUAAGUCUGAAGGUAUGUACUGCUGGUAUUUAUUUGUUUGGAUAUAAUUUUGUGUUUGGGUUCAACAGAUUUGUAUUGUAGCAACUGCAAAGGAAAUUAGAAAUGUUUUCCCUUAUAGAUUAAGAAAAUUAAUUUCAAGAAGUGUUCACAUGACACAAUAAGAUGGUAUCAUUUCCUGGUAUUUUGUAUUACUUGUGUAGGGAGGAAACAAUAAAGUAAAGUGUACAGGAUAGUUCUGUGUAAUAAAAUAUAGAUGCUGAUAUGAGAUUUUAGAAAUACCCUUGGUAUACAUCAGCCAAUCAGACUUUUAGGUUACUGAAAAUUAGCUAAAUCUAAUAAAUCUACUUUUCUCUCAUUUUCACAUCUCUAUGUGCCUUAGAAAUACAAUAACCUGCCAAACAUCACCCAAGGUUUAUUAGCCUGGCCUAAUGUUCAGUGGCUCACUUGACAUAUCAGUAAUUUGUCACUAAAUUGGAUUUAAUAAAUUUAAAAGGGCUUCCUUUUUUCCUUUUAGAAGAUCUAAAUAUAUAUAUAUAUAUUUGUGUUUUUUUUUUUUUUUUAAUGUAGACAACACGUUUGCCAGCAACGAUGUAGAAACACCAGGUAAACGUUUUCAGUGUGAAUUCUGUGGACGAACCUUUACACAACACUCCGAAUGGGAACGACAUGUGUUACGUCAUGGCAUGUAAGCUUACUUACAGUUUUGUCUUGUUUGUGGAUUUUUUUUUUUAUUAUUUCUGUUGUUACUGGUUUAUUCCCAGUAUAGAAAUAAGUGAGUUUUCUUACAGUAAUAUUACACCAUGUUAUGUUUGUAAAUAUAACCCAUACUUACUUCAAAUCUGUAUCUAGCCUAUGCAGUAUUUAAAAUUUACCAUUAUCAAGUUGGCUUGUCACUACAAAUCAAGCUGCAUUGCAGAAUGAAAAUAUAAUGCAUUUAGUUUUAUAUUGCUUUUUUAAAACAAUAUUUACGUGCUCACUGAAGACAAACCAUUUAAUUUACAACUGCUCAUUUAAAGAAACACUCCAAAUGCCAUAACCAUAAGUAGUCAAACAAUAUUUAAUACCGAUUAGGUUCUUGUCUGCGGUCUGCCAGUCGGCACUCCCUGCCAUCACUACUGUUGUUAGCUCUCCUUAGCUGUGCCCUGCAGCGCAGGGCUAUCUGAUUGGCUCAGUGUGUCAGCCGAUCACUCUCAUCCAUUGAGCUAACUCCUGCACUGCGUGGCUUAGCUCAGACAAAGUAGUAGUGGAGGCAGGAAGAGUACUGUAGUAGUUAUGGGACAUGUGUGUUUUUUUUUUAAGAAUGAAAGAGUGUAACAUAUAUAGCACAACAAAGAAAAUUGUUGAAUUAAAAAUUUUGCAAGGCUAUAAGGGGACGCUCCCAACUGCCACCUUCCGCUUUCAUACAAGUUAAAGAGUAGUAAACUAUAGAAUCUAGACAUCAGCUUUUAGAGUUCAGGUACCCCUGGCCCGUCAACUACCUUUCCCAUGGUAUGAGCGUAGAAUUGUGUAGAGCUCAGCCGUUUGGGAAAACAAUAUGUAGACUGUUCAGGAAUCAUGGAAUAGUGUAAGUCCCGAGUUGGAGGGAACGACAGUAUGGUGUUACAGGAGGCUGCGUGUCCUAGUCCUCAUGUCCCAGAGUGACUUCUUUAGCCUAUGCCUUUAAGAGUUUCUGACAGUAAGCCUUGUUUUGAUUAUCACAUGUGUAUAGCUUUCAUGAAGUGAAGGUUAGAGUGUUGUUCCUUUGAUUGUUUUCAGUUUUGUGAUUGUGCUUAAAAAUUAAAAGCCAGGAUUCCUUGUAAAUGAGUUAAAUUAGUGAGCAUUUUUUGCUGUACGUGUGGUGUGAUGUGAUAUUUUUCACCCAGAAUCUCCCGAUUACUCCAUGUGUGAAGACAGCCUACCACCAUUAUUUUGGCGUCCAGCUAGGAGAUCAGGACAAACCCUGGGCACCUCAUAUUUUCUGCAACACUUGCUCUGUGAUUCUACGUGGGUGGUUAAAUAAAGAACUUCAAUGCCUACUGACAUCGCAAUAACUUGGAGAGAGGUCACAAAUCAUGUAAUUGACUGCUAUCUUUGCAUGGUACAUCCUAUGCAUGGCCUAUCAAAAACAAAGUGGAAUAUCCCAACAUUCCUUUAGCUAUCUGACUAGUGUCACUUGAUCUGCCUGUACCUCGCCCUCCAGAAGAGUACAGUCGGCACGCAGACAACAAUUGGGACAGUGUGAAGGAGGGAUCACCUGAGCCUUCAUCACAGGAUCUCGAUUUUGUGCCACAAACUGAGUAGCUGAGUGAUCCACACAGAAUUACUCAGGAUGAACUUAGUAAUCUAAUUUGAGACCUGGAUCUAUUGAAAUACAAAGGAGAGCUUCUAAGUUCAAGGCUCCAACAGUGGAAUCUGUCUGUGUAUAGGAGCCAGCAAAAAGAUUUUAAUUCAAUAUUUUAAAAAGUAAAAUAACCUUGUUGCCUACUGUAAUGUCAGUGGUUUGAUGACCGCUUUGAAUGUGAAGCACAACUCACAGGACUGUAAGCUAUUCAUAAACUCCUCAAAGCUUAGUUUAAAAGCUGUGUUGCUGCACAAUGGCAAUUCUCUUCCUUCAAUUCCUGUUGGCCAUGCUGUCCACAUUAAGGAAAUAUAUGAGAAUAUGAAAUUACUUCUGGAAGCAAUUAUGUACAAAGACCACCAAUGGUAGAUCUGUGGAGACUUUAUGGUGAUUAUUUCUGGAAAGUAACAACAGAUGCCCCAGAAGAGGAGUACAAGUGAGAAGCAAAGAGAAGGUGUUCUUGUGAAUUUUUUCAUCUUGUGUUAUUUGUGAUUGAUGGAAUCAAAGGAACUUUCAUUUCUGGUGUAUGGAGUUAAUAUCGGUUUGUUCUAGCAUUGCUUUUCACUAUGACUUUACAUCACUGAAGCUCAACUAGUGUAUCUCACAAACUAGAGCUAAUAAAAUGAUUCCGAAGUCAUAUUCCUUUUUUCUUGAUCCAAAAUUAAUAAGGUAUGCAUUUUUAGUAAGAAAGCAAAUUAAAUAUGUUUUAUUAAACAGAGUAAUUAAUCAGUGCUAACAUUAUUAGUGUAUGUUGGCUGCCCACUUCCAGAACAUUGCUUUUGAACUUUUUGCCAUUUAAAAUGUUUCCCCUGCAAAAAAAAAAUAUAUAUGUAUUUUAGGCACGUACAGAAAAUAUUUAACUUCACAUUCUUAAUAAGGUUUAGGAACUCAAAAAAUAGAAUUUGAGUAACUGUAUGUGAUAGAAAGAAAACAUGUGCACUAAUAUGUAGACUAAACCUACACUAGCUUGCUUUGUGAUAAUAAGCAUGUCUUAAAGUUGAUGCUGGCCGCUACAUUGUUAAACCACGCAUUUAUAUCUUAUUUGAUUUUCGCACCUUGAUCUUUACCUAUAUUUUCAUUCCAGUAUAAAGUUUAUUGAAAAUACAAACCUGUUGACUUAUUUAUUUUUUUAUCUUUUAUUAUAUUGUUGCACAUCGGUGUAUGAAAUCUUGUAAUUUAUGCUGUCUCUAAUUUUGCAGGACAAUACCUGAAAACAAAGAAAACCGAAAGCCAAAAGAAAACGUUGAAGAAAGUCGGAAAGAACUUUUUGUGAGCAAAGUUGAAAAGUCAGAGGAUGGAUUAGAAGAUUCUUUUCAGCAGGCAAAAGUGUCUAGUUUUAAAAACCAAUCUUUUGUGGACAAAAUGGAGACCAAAAAGGAAUAAAACAUUUCAGGAGAUCUAAGAGUACAUACUUGAACAUUUACAAAAUUGGUGAAAUCUACAAAUAAAAAGCUGCUUUUUAAAACCUUACUUUUCCCAAGCACUGGUACUCAUGCAAUUGUGUAUAAAGUACUAUAUUUAAAUGAAGAACUGAGUCACUCCAUUGACAUCACUACUUCUGUGUUCCAUGCUUACCAUUAAGGAAGCUUCAUUUGUUUGGGAUUAAUGGGUGGAACAAAUAAUUUUUUCCCAAGACUGAUCCAAUCCCUCAUGUGAUAAUACUUUUCAAAGCACCACUUUUGGGACAUGUUUAUACGUUUUAAUACAAGCUUUCCAUGCUGUUGCAGCUGCUCUACAGACAACUACAGACUUCUCUGCUCUUUAUACAAGGAUCAACAGAUUCUUAGUACCUCAGAAUUAACCAAGGGAAUUCUCUGUAUUUGUUCAUACUACUUUCCCCAGAGGCUGAAUGUUGAGCAAGAUGGUGAACAAAUAUAUUUGCAAAAGAGAAAACUAGACAAUAUGUUCUCUUUGACACCCCUGUUGGGCUUUGUCUUAAAAUACUGUGAUUAUUUUUUUUUUUUUUAUAUUUUAAUAAAACAAAAAUUAAAAAAAAGUUAAAAUACUAGGUUACUGUAUGUGAAAUGUCACUCUUAACCGCAGGUAAGCUGUUUUUUUUUUGUUCUACUUAUAUAAGUAGCCCCUUGAUUUGUGAAGGCUACUACACCAUGUACUAUUUCUACUUGUUUGAAAUCCACAAUAAAAAAGCAGCAUAAAUCUUUUAAUUUUUUUUUACUGCUUUGGAAUGGUUGUUUUCCAGAAAACUGUGUGUACCUGGUACACCUGUUAGAAAAAUUAAUUUGUAUGCUAAAUAAUCAAUUUUGCAUAUGGUAUGUUUAUUUCAAAUUGCAAUUUGAUCUAGUAUUUUUAAUACAAUUUGUUUUAAAAUAUUGUUUUUCUAGAGGUUAAAAAAAACAUGUUGUCAAAUGACCUUUUUGUUAAUUUUAACUAUAUCUUGCACCUCCAGAGUCAGCUCACAGCACACUGACAGGUUAACUAACAUAUGCAUAACUUAUUAUAUUGAGGGAUUAUUGUGUUUGUUUAUCAGAGCUAGUAUUCCUCUCUAACCACCCCUUGUUUAUUUUCCCACUCCUCUUUACACUCUUUGUCUGCCUAUUUAAAUCUUGAUGACCUUAGGAGUGAAUUAGAACAUUCCAGCUAAUUGAGCAUUAUUGUAAAUCAGUAAUUAGGCCAAAAUGUUUCUUGUAUAUGACCUUUUAGUUAUUUUAACUCUUCCCAUUGCAGUUUCUUUCUCCCUAUCUCUAAUCACCUAUAUAUUUUGAUUUAUUUUCAAGUCUUGGCUUACAAAGGUAGUUUUCACUUAAAUUUGCUUAGGGUUCCUCCAUUGAGUUGCUGCAUUCCCUACCUCAUUACUUUCAUGUCUAAUGUACUGACAAUUUCUAAACCAAUCAAAUUGGGGCGUUCUUGUGAAAAUAAAUAAAAUGGUGAACACCUUUUUUAUUUUUUUUGCCCAAGUUUCAAAUAUGUUUUUGUUCAAAUUUAUAUAUACGAAAGACCGGAAUAGUUUUUACGAAUACAGAAGUUCCAGUAGACCAUUUGUUACCUGUUAGGUAGCUUUAAACACACACUGGAAGAUACAACAGAUGGUUCGUUGCUGCCAAAACAUGGAGCAUUAUCAGUUGAACUUGUUCUUUAAGCUCUUUUUGACAGUGAGUGGCUACCAAAAACAAUAAAGGUUCUGAUGUGUUUUUAUCACUACUUUAUUUUUCAAAUAACAUGUAAAUAUUGUAAUCCAUUGGCCUUCUGUUUUGCUAAACUGUUAAUAAAUCUGCGGGACCAUUAUCCUUUUAAACCUAUAUUGCAUGUGGUUUGUGUUCAGCUGACUGAAGUUUGUUUGGUGUGUAUAAACCAUUAUCUAGAGGGGAUGUGUAAACAGGGUAUAUGAUUUUUUUAAAUCAGCCCAAGACUGCAUAAAAUGAAAUGAG